CAAUAACGUAAUAAUAUCCCUCUUCCUGAGGUUACUGGCUUGUCCCCCUCUUUGCUCCAAUAAAUCCUUUAGGGUAGCCCUCCUCAGGUUUUGGUAUUGUAAUUCCAUUUAGUCCUGGUUGUAAUGGUCUCUUUGGGCGUUGGGGAUCAUCCCAUCGCUUGCCACCAGUUGUUACGGUGCCUACAGCACUGAAAUGUACAAACCGCCGUUUAGCGAGUAUUCCCCGUUCGCAAUAAUGGGGUCGGGUAGCGGGUAUAGUAAAACCAUGCGAACUGCUAGCCAGGGAACACUCCAAACUCCCGAACGGUACCUGUACGGUGAAUUCCCUUCACGAGCCGCAAAUCCACGAACGGCAAUCAGUAACCGAACGACAAUCUCUCCCAAGCGGCAAAUAAUCCAAAUAAGCAGUCUCUCGCCGCUGGUAUCCAAAUCCCCCCAAUAACGAGACCAAGCUCCGCUUUGAGGGUAAAACACGAACUGGUUUACUGUGGGCUACCUGCCCGGUAUUUAUGCAGGUCUCCCACUUGGUGGACACUCCCCUAGGGGACCAAAUGGGAGACUGAAAUCACAGAGGGACAUGGGGACAUUCUGGACAUACAUCCCCACAAUAUUCCCAGCAUGCAGUACAGUUCCCUCCCCUCUGCUCGGGGGAUAAUUGGGAAGUAAUUCAAUUAUCUCCCCGAGCAGAGGCAAUCGCCAUUUUAGAUACAAGUUACAAAAACACACAAAAAUCCAUAACUUAAUAACUGCUGAACAUUUUACAUCAGUCUUGCAUAUCCCCAGAUAGCCUGGAUCUGAGGGCACAUUAUUGGAGAAUAGCGCUCAGAUCCCAUUCGCACAGUUCAAUCGCCAUGGAGUCAAAGUCUCUUUCAGUUCUUCGGUAUGCGAUUGACUCCAUGGGACGGCUAUCUGGGUUAAGUCCAUUCGUGUGGUUGAAUCUCCCGAACGGCUGUCAUUCGCAUGCUUUUGUCGAUUGAGAAGGGGAGGUCGACGGCUUCAGCGGUGUUCGGCUGAAAAAGUGUCCGUUUUCCGAUCCAUGAAAUAAUCGUUGAACACCGCUGGUCAUUCGCAUGGACAAAAUGGCCGCCGCCUCGUGGUCGACAUACGAACGACGACCACCCAGCAUUCGGUUUUUAAUUGAGAAGUGUCUGUGGUUAACCGCAACGUUCUAAUUGGGAUCAAUAGGUUAACCAGCAGCACACUUCUCUUCUGGGUGGCCGUCCGUUCGGUAGUUCCGUUCGACAAAACCGACAUUCCCUUAAAAAAAAGCAUACGAACGGGGAAAUUCAUGAAAACGGCAAAACAGACGAACAAAGCAGUUAUAAUCCAGACAGAUGGGUCUGUCACAGCCAGUGAGUACUAUUUUCUGUUUUAUUUUUCACAUGCAAAUCGACAAAGGUGACCCACUGCUUUCCUGCUUGGAGCUACGCAUAAUUUCUACUGCGAUCAGAUCCAUAAGCGGGGAUUGUACCGCCCAGGCGCUACCAUCUGCUGCUGAUCUUUAGCUCCUGAAAAUUGUAAGUAUGUUGUAAUACUCCUUUCACCAACUAUCAGAAGAUACUACACUAUAUUGUUUUCUGUAGGUUCUUUUCUCUCCACAUAUCCACUGACCAUCUCCUGGAUUCAAGACUACCUACAAGGCUCUGUUAUCUCAUUUCCAUACCAAUCAGACAAGGCACUGCAAGGUCAAGCAUCACAGUUGAGGAGAAGAAAUAUAAACAUUGUUUCAUUUCUCCUCUGUGAGCUUUCUCCAUGCUGUCUGCAAGGUUCAAAGGACAGAGCUUAUAGCGAUGAUUGACGGGAGCUAAGAUCGAGGCACCCAGUCGUAGGAUAAAAAGUUCUGAAUUUCUAUAUUUAAUUUAAUUUUCCAACCUUAAAAUACGUAUUUGUUACAUAUAAGUUUGUGUAAGCAGAAUAUAAACAAUCCUAAGAAAUUAGUUUCCCUUCAAAUAAUGUGAUCGUUAAUUUAAGAAGACAGAAAAAAAGUGUUCCAUUUUUCUUUUAAUGUUUUAUAAAAUUAUCCAAUUUCUAGAAACAUGUAGUAAUUCGUUUUGUGUACUCUAUUACAGAAAGUUGGAUGCAUUACACUUGAGAUCCAUACUGGACACAAGACUUAUGAAAACAAACACAUUUAAUUUACGAGCUUUGCUACGUGGACAAGUAACCAACUAAAUUAUCUCCCCAGGGGACCAGAGUUGGUUAAAUCCUUUGUUACUGUGACAGUCCUAUUGGCAUGUUCCCUUUCCCUGAAAGGUAUGAAGAUGGGCUUUUUUAUUGGAAACACAAUCAUUGUUACUGAUAUUAGACUUCAAAUUUAAUAAAGGAAGCUGCCUAUAACUUUAACUUUCUAUCGUGAAACUGCAAAAAGAUUCAUUGAGAUCUAGUUCCUAAGUCCUAAUCAUUUCUUAACCCCUUAGAGACUCUGGUUUUCCUGAGAUUCUGAAUUUAUGAUUAAAAAUGCUGUUUUGGCACUUUUUCGAUAUGUUGUCUGUUUGUGUUUUGUCAGAUGUGAUUUCCUAAUUCCUCCUUAAAUGCACCCAUAUAUAUUAUACACUAUUUCUUUUUAAAGGACAGAUAGCACUUUUUUAAGUGUCCUGUUUAACACAAUAUUAGGUGUGAGUAAAAUUUUCUUUACAAAUGUGAAAAAAAACUAUUUCAACGGUUUUACAUAAUUUCUGCACUUCUAGAGGAACAUAAAUACAUGCCUCAAAUAGAUUAAUUUAUUAGUCUUGAUAGUGAGAAUUCCUAAUACAUCUAAGAUUUCAAUCAUUUUUGUAAGGUUAAAGGAUGAAUAUGGCAAUUAGUGAAUUACUAUUUUAAAAGUAAACAUUUUCAAAACUUGAUAAAACAGUUUUCUACAUUGUAUUCUCCAGGGGUGCCUAAAAGAUAGAUCCACAAAUGUUUCAGAUUUAUAGCUGCUAUGAUGCUUAGUCGUUCUAAAGGCAUACAAAGCAACAUGGUAGAUGUAGUUCUACAACAUCUGGGGAUCUAACCUUUGGGUACCCCUGGUAUACACUAUCAGAACCUUCAGCUAAGACCAAUCACAGAGGGAGGUGCGCAUGCUCAGGAUGAGCAUUUUUACUGGCAAGUUGUGGUUGCGAUGGCGACAACUUACACAAUGUGCGUUUCUGUGCUUUACCAGCAAGUGACUAAUCUGAGAGUGAUCAGAUUCUUGGUGAUCAGAUAUUAUUGGUGGUCAGUCGGUAAAAAAAUAGCGGUACGGUUGGAAACCAGGUGAUAAUAAUCAGUAGCCGCUACUAGCUACCGAUUGUUGUUACUAUCAACAUCUUAUGGCAGCUAUUUACCAACAAGCUCCACAAUGUAAUAUUUUUUGAUAAGCCUUUCAAAUGAUUUAAUAUUUUUCAAUAAAUUUUAAAAACAAUUUUAUAUUUUGAAUAAUAUUUUAAUAUGUUGAUAUUUUAUGAUAUAGUAAUAUAAAUUGCUAUAUAUUAAAUAUUUUUGAUAUUUUAAUAUAUUAAACAGAUAGUUUUAGAAGUUUAUCCAAAAAUAUUAAAUCAUUUUGUGACAAACUCCCUUUUCCUAGUGAGUUUGCCACAAGCUCCUGGAGGAGACUACUUGCCAGCCUCCUGCCCACCGGUUAUGGGCCAGGUCAGCGACUGUAAAUACUCAUAUUUUAUUCCCCCUGGUUCCCCUGGUUCGGCACUUUCCAUUCGUGCGCAUAGAACCGAACGCUAGCUUCCUGGCAGCCGUUCGCUUGGACCAAAACCGCAAAUAGACUUCAGGGGACUUAGCCACGAAAGCACUGGUACUAAUAAGUUGUGGCUGCCAUUAAAGUAUUCCAGCUUGUACUCCCAGAACUAUGUGUCGUCUGGUUACUGGGUGGGGAAAUGGAUACUCUUCAAUCACUGUUCCAGUGUGGAGGAUUCAAAGAAAAGUCCUUGUAAGGACUAGAGCUCCCAGGACUGAGUGUUGUCCAGUGCCUGGGGGUGUCUAGAGAGAAUUCACCAUUCGGCUCCAGGACGGAGCGGUUCCACGACUAGAGCUCCCAGGACUGAGUGUUGUCCAGUGCAUUGGGGGUUGCUAGAGCAAGUUCCCCAUUCAGCUCCAGGAGGGAGCGGUUCCAGGGCCCCAUUCAAGCCACGGCGACUGUGGGCAGAAGUGCUGCGGUUUGUCCCCUGUUCCAGCUAGAAAGCGGUCCUUGGCGGAGGUUCCCAGUCAGGGGUACAGGGAGCUCCGCUACACAUUUGCAAAGCUUUUUCAAGAAUACUAUAUCCAUGCAAAGGUUGUAAACAAGUCCUAACUACAUAAAGAUAACACGUAUUGGUUGUUAGAAGGACACUAUAGUCCUCACCAAAACAAUUUAAGCUCAAGGAAGCAGUUUUUGAGCAUAGCAGGUACCUCUGAAGUCUCACUGCUCAAUUCUCUUCCACUUAGGAAUUAAAUCACUUUGUUUAUGUUUAUGCAGCCCUAACCACACCUCCCCUGGCUACGACUCACACAUCCUGCAUGAAAAAAAUGGUUUCAUUCAAAAUUUCAAUCAAAAGUUAACUUGCUGCUUUGGAAGUUUUUUUUAUCAUGCUCUGUGAAUUGAACUUUAAUUACACACAGGGGUCUGCUGCGAGGUCUAGCAAGUUAUUAACAAUGCAGGAGAAAAGAAAUUCUAAAAUAAACAGAAUUUGCAAUAAAGAAAGUGUCAAUACUAAAUUUCACUUUACAGAAAGUGUUCCGAAAGGCUGUGCUAGUUACAUGCAGGGAGGGGUGACUAGGACUGUAUUAACUUCUAAAUGGCAGAGAAUUGGGCAAUGAGACUGUAGGGGCAUGAUCUAUUCACCAAAACUGCUUCAUUAAGCUAAAGUUGCUUUGGUGUCUAUAGUGAUGUGUCCACAUAUGUUUUAAUCUGCACAGGAAUGCUAUUUCAUGCAUCUACCAUUGAUUUUUGCAAAAUAGUAUCUGUUACUGCUCUUUGAUCCACCAUAAAAUACCAUUGCAAACUCUCACUGUAAAAACAAAAAAUAUAUAUAAUAUAAAAGCACCUGCUAUAAUUUCUACUUCAUUAUAUUCCUUAAACCCAAGAGUUUGAAAUUAGUUGCUGGAACGAGAGAUGAUUUGUUUGCAUUGUAUUUUUAUUUUCUUCCGCGAAGCAUAAACAUUAAAGUUAUAAACAUACCAAUUCAACUGAAAUGGGAAUUAAAUUGUAAAAGGCACAAUUUAAAUAUACAAAAAAACAGUUUUACAUAAGUCCGUUUUGUUAACCAGUAAAUGUAUAUGUAGAUGUCAGGUUAUUCUAGAAAUUCGUUUUGGCAACAUGGGCACUCAAUUGACCUAUUCUUCCUUUAAUGGGCUAUAUAUCGUUAACAUGUUAAAAAAUCAUUAUCAAUCACCAGUCUGAAUGCUAAAAAAAUAAACAAAAAAAAUACUGAUUUCUAAAUAACCCCACACAUUUAAUCAUUGGCCUUAAACAUUACCCAGUUCAGAAAUUAGUUUGGCCAAUCAGGAGCCUUUCAUUACGGUCUAUGGACUUAGAACUGUUGGACCUUUUUACCAUAGCAUUGCAAGGUGUUGAAGUGGAGAAGAAAGUUCUGAUUAGCAGAUUUCAAGUUCUCCUACCUAUAAAAGCUUAUUCCUUGUAAAACUGUGAUACUGAAUAUUGUGUUUCAGCAGAGAAGGAGCUGUAUAAGAAGUCCACAAAGUAGGGAGAUGGGUGUUGUGGCGAACCUUGCCAUGGGUACCUGGAGUAGCCUGCUUGCCAGUCUCUUGGCCCAGGACUAUGGGCCCUGCAAAAAGAACUUCAAAAGACAUUUUAAAAGUUCAUUUGAAUUCCCUGUGCUGUUCGGGAACGGAACAGAUCCACGACCUAAAGACCACCUUGGAGCUUGUUAAACAUUAUUGACACUUGUAACGAUUCUGCCAGCCGUGUUUUAAGUGUUCAUCUGGGUGGCCACCGUUCGUAUGCCCGAACACGUGGUGGCGGCCAUCUUGUUCCCGCGAACGCAGGCAGCGGUGUUUGGUCAUCAAGUGCAUGGAACUAAAAUCGGACACUCGACCUCGCGAACACCGCUGAACUUCCAUCCCUCCUGUGUUCGGUACUUUACAUCCUGGAAGAGCGCUGUUCAGUGGAAUCGUUCAUCUAAAUGAGGGGAACUAGUUCCACGUUAUACUUAUGGGUUAUGUUUGGUAUUUUGGUCGCAUGGAACUCCCGAAUGGGACCGGUCGUAACCCCUGAAUUCAUGGAACUGUGCACAACCAUGUGUGCGGCCAGUCAGAACUUCACCCCAGUGGCGAUUCAGCUGUUUUCAUGGGAUAUGAGCGCUUUUUGGAUAUGUUGGACGCUCAGAUCCAGGCUAUCCGGGGAUAUAUAGACUGUGGGGGUUCCUAUGUGGGAAAUGUGUAUUUUUAUGUGUUUUUAAUAUUUUGUACUUUUCACAGUGACACAGUGUAUUUUAUGGCACAUUGUGGGUGUGUUUAAGGGUGUGUUUGAGGGCGUGUCACUGUGCUCAGAUUCUGUAUAUAAGUGGGCCAUUUGGCUGGAAUACACAGAUUACUCCCAGCAUUAAGCCUCGGCUUAUGUGUGGGGGGGGAACAGCUAUACUGCUAUAAUCACUGCAAUACCUGCUAUACUCUCUUGGAGGAGAGGUCUUCCCACUGGGAGCUGGAUCCAGGUGUUGGUCCAGGGUGGGAGGGGACGCAAGACCCCAGCCAAGCUGCGGCAGCUAAGGGGGGCUACAGUGCUUAUGGUGUCCGGUGCGGUGCUUAUGGUACUCGGCAACUACUAGGAAGCGUGAUUGGCGGAGGUACCCAGUCAGGAUGGCAGGUGGUCCGCCACAGGUGUAUUGUAAUAAGAUAGAAGAGACAGAACUUAGAUACAGAAAGAUGCAAAACGUGUUUUGCUAAAACUUUACAAAAUUGAGCAUAUCUAUUUUUUAUACCAAAAGCUAUAAAAUCCAUAAAUGUUAUGUUGGUGCCUGGAGAGUCAUUUUAAAUUUUUAGCAUGGAAGAAAAAAUAUGCGUGCUGCAAAGUUUUCUGCUUAAAAGUCUUUGAGAGUAACUCAUCUUAUUUAAAGGAAUAUUUUGAGUACUAUAGCCACUUCAUCUCAAUGAAGGUAUAAUGGUCCCUGAAGGUCCUGAGAGCCAUCCUAUCUUAAAGUGUUAAACCAUUUAUGAACAGUUUAAAGGAAUGUUCCAAGCACCAUAACCAGUACAUCUGGCUAAGAGCAAUCAGGUGAUAUUCCUUGGCCAAGGAGCUAAGCCCUGCAUUGCAGGAGAGUUAACUGAAAUUCCUACUUAGGAGCUAACAGUACAAGUGGAGGCAGGCAGUGAACCAAAGGUAGGAAGUUAAACUGAUCAAAAACAUACUGACACGAUACAGACUCACAGUUACAAACAAUGACACGCCUGCAGAUACAUAGACACACUGAUACACACACUGACACACAUGCAGAUACACAGACACAGAUACAAACACUGACACAUACAAACGCAGAUACACACAUACACAUACUGACAACAUACAGAUACACAUAUUGAAAACAUACAAAUACAAAGAUACACACACUGACAAUGUACAGAUACACACAAUGACGACAUAAAGAUACACAGACACAAAUACUGACAGACAUACUUACACGCAUAGACACAUGCACUGACAGACAUACUGACACAUACACAGACACACAUACUGACAUAAACACAGACACAUACACUGACAGGCGUACUGACACACACACAUACACACUGUUGACAAAUACCCACCGGGUGGCCCUAAAUUUGAGGGCCCACAACAAUUUAUUUUAGGAUUAGUAUUUCUAAAAUAAAUUGUUGAGAGUAAAAGACAAAUGGAGCAGCGGCUUUGGGCCCCUUCAGGAGUUUUGAGUUAAUGGGCCCAGGGCAGCUGCCACAUUUGCCCCGCAUUAAAUACCGUCCUGGCUCAACCAAAGGAAUCUGGUCAGGACAAAUAUACAAAAAAAUAAAAUAGUACAUUUUGGUUUAACAGCAAUUAAGAAAUUUCUUAUUUAUUAUCCUUUUUUUGCCAUAGGUCUGCUUAUCCACCAAACUGAUAUGGUAUAAGCAAUUUUGUUUAUAUUAGAAUGGUAGGAGGAACGCAUUUAUUGACUAACGUGUGAAUGGUUGUGAAUUCAAAGUGAAUUUCACGUUUUGAACCAAAACUGGCUAACUUCCAGAAUUUUCUCAGUUCAGCUAUUUUUUUUUUCUUAAUAUUGGAAAUUCACUUUGAACUGCGUCACUACCCUACUGCUUUACCUGGUACAAACCUCGGCAAAGUUUCUAUGCUCAUAUUAAAGCAUUCAUCAUUGUAUAAAAUAAUGUAUUUUAAUAGACUAAACAUAUUUCAGCCGCAUCAAUCCUCUAAGAGUGUUUCCCUUUGUAUUGUAAAGUGUACUCACAAAUUGUUAUGUAGCAAUAUUUCCAAUGUCAAAAUCUGUUAAAUCAUGCCUCCUAUCUGAGAGUUAAUGACUGGUCUCCCAGACAGAGGCAUGAUUUAAUCCCAAAUCUGAGAACGGGAGAAGAUAUUAAUGCUUUGUAUUGUCAUUAAUCACAAGGAAAAUCCCUGUAUAAACCACACAGUUUUAUCUCAAAGCUUUCGUCACUGAAAACAGCCAGGGGCAGCUAACGAUUACAAACUAAAUAUAAAAAAAAAAAACAGCUCUAUAAUUGGAGUAUCUUUAUUGCAAUUACAUAACACACGCUCUUAAAAGCAACAGUGAAACUGCUGCCAGGGAGAUUCAUUUCUUUAAGAAGCCGAGUUGUUUAUCGGGAAAAAAGUCAGCUAGGAUACAUAGUAAAGGAUACAGUGAUAAGCAAUCCAGGUAUCUAUUCUCCAAUCCUGGGGGGACAUUGUGUCUUUGUGCGUGAAUGUGUCCAGACCAGGAUAGUACUUCCGAGUAGCUGCUGCUCUGGACUGUGAUUCCUAGUAAUCAAAGGCAAAAUUGGGAUACGAACGUAUGUAAAUCCUGCAUUUUGAUCAGCUGCUUAGUAGAUAGUUCGAUUAGAUUAUUUCUAAUCCUUUUGUGGUAUUGCCAUACUUAAGGACAAAAAAUAAGGGAGCUAUCUACUAAAUAGCGCCCUAGUUUGGUAACCUUACAUGUGGUAAUCCCAAAUAAGGAAAACAAAUUUAAGAAAAGCCCUCUUUUAUUUUGAUCUUUCAGUUUAGUAGAUAACUUCCUUUUUUGAUAUCCUCAUGUGGGAAUACCAUAUUUAAGGAUACCAAACAAGGGAGCUAUUUACUAAACACAUACACACACACAUAUAUAUAUAUAUACACACACAUACACAGACAUACCCACAGACAUACACACAAUCACAGACCCACACACACAAUCACAGACACGCACAUACAAUCACAGACACACACAUACAGUCAAAGACAUACACACAGAACCACAGACAUACACACAUUCACACAAUCACUGACAUACACACAAACAUAACCACAGACAAACACACAAUCAACAAUCCACUUAAUCACGGACAAACACACAUAAUCAUUUAUGCACACACAAUUUUUAAUUUAUUAAGACACAAUAACAGACAUAAACACACAAACACAGACAUACACACAAUCAUAGACACACACACAAUCACAGACCCACAUAAUCCAUGAUAUACACACAAAAUCAUUUAUACACACACACACAAUUUUGUUUAUUCAUUAAGAAGUCCAACCAGCCUCCCUAACUUGCUCUGCGAGCACUGGAGUGGAUCCUCUCCCUGGUGGCCAGUGGGGCUGGUAAGAUCACUGUGGUCUUCUUUCACAGCUCCCACAGCACCCUCUAGUGAUGCCGAUGCCAAGAUGAUGUCAUAUCCCGGUUGUUGGCACAUGAUGUGGGAGGAAGUUGUGCAGAAACAGCAUAGUAAGUAAAGGCUUCCCUCGCUGCCCUUACACCCCUUCAGUCCAGACACAAAUACAUUUUGGCAAAAUAGGCACCUGUAUUGUGGGUAGUCAGGCAUCUAUUCUGCCCCGUUUAGAGUAGGUAGAGAGGCGGGGGGCACGUAGGGGGGGCAAUAAACAACCUAGGAGGAAAUUACCCCCUCACCCUCGUGUAGCAACUCCAUAGCAUAACAACAUUAAUUCCUGCACUACUACUAAACUACAAAUAUCAUGCACUAUAAAAGAUACAUCAUGGCAAAGCACGUGUUUGGGGAGAAAUAAUGCCAUUUGAGGGUUCUGUAGACAUUUCUAACAAUUAUUGUCUGCAGAGUUCAUCAUUAGUUCCUCUUCACUGUUUUGUAUCUUUUAUAUUACAUGAUAUUUUAGGUUAGGGUUAGCGUAAGUAAGUGUUUAUUUUCUUUAUUCAUUGAGAAAUUGAGACAAUUUACAAUGCACAUACCAUAUGUGGAAAGUUUCAUUCCUAUACAAACAUGUGUGUUAAUAUUUCCAGAUAUUGGAUAAACUUUGAAAAUAAGGCAUUUUUCUAUUUCAGGUUAGGACCUUGCUCAAAUUGCAGUAACAAUGCUCAAGACAUUUUUUUCAAAAUUCUUAUUCUGUUAUAAUGUACUGACUUUUUUAUAUGUUCCUCUGUGAAUGUUACACAAUGUUCUUUCAAGUAAAUUUAAAGGGUUACUCUUAACACCUUAACAACUUUGCGUCAUUGCAUAGAAGAGUGGUUUAUAACCAAUCACACAUCUAUAAUCCACCCACUCUAGCUUUAUAAGUUGAAUGAAUCUGUGGUUGGGAGAUUGUCACUGAUAAGUACAGUAUAUAUAACCUUAACUAUGCAGAGUAUAGCCUCAGUAUUUAGGCGUGAUACCGGUCCAUAAAAGGUGGCUGGGCUUCACGUAAAACAGGAAGACAGAAACAUCAAGACUAGGUAGAAUCAAGGGACACCAGAAAUCAGAUAAAAGGGAAAGACAAAGUCAGCUCAGGGCUACCAGAAAACAGAAUGGGCAAGUGGAGAGCCGGGUCAGUAACAGUAAUUCAAAAUAGUAUAAACACAGUAUUGGACUUGAUAAACUGCUGUUUUUAAAUACUGUGGGCUUUAUUGUUAUAACCACGGCGUUACAGACACUGGAGAAAGCAGUAGGGCUCUGAAAAAUGCCGAUCUGCCAGAUCGGGGUGUCAUGUGAUUGGUGGACUAGCAAGGUAGAGGACUCCUUACAGGAAUAAACUACUUCUCCUUUAAACUCAGUGGUGGUCGUUGAUGUUAAGUUGGUGGGGCACUUGGCUCUACAUCUGGAAUUUAAUUCUGCCCUCCUAAUUGUUGAGCUUUGCCCAUUUAACCCCAUGUGUUCAACCCAAUGAGAGGUCAUGCCCCGUUCAUAGACACCAUAAGCAUAUGGAUGCAUGUAUUUGUAAGACAACAACCAAUUUAAAGCUAUCUGACUUCACCCCUUGAUGCUGUUACCCAAUGACAACAUAGAAUACAUAAAAAUGUGCAGGUCUGUCUUUUAGUAUGUACAGGAUCUGACAACCCACCGCCAAUGGGUACCCUCAGAAAUCCAAUUAGAGAAGACUAAUGUGUCUAUGCUUAAAAAAUUUGGCUUUUUAUUCCUUCAAAAAUAACCCACUUUGUCAAAACAGAGGAUUAUGGAAUAGGAUCAGACCUCACAGACCAGAAUUAGAGGUUGAUUGGUGGACAAUUUUUCUAGGGAGGGUUCUACCUAGUGGUCACACUCUGACACUUCUACUGCUUAUAUAUAGUAUUUAUAGAUACCGUAAGUACUACAUUUGUUUUACACAUGGUGACGAUAAAUAGCAGACAUCUGUGUCCCAUUAAUUAGUAUUUAUCCAUUUAAUACAUCUCAAGCUUUUUUCCUACAAUUGAUUUAUUAUUACAUUCAAGUUGCUUAAAUAAAAAAAAUGAAUUAAUAAAAUGAAAGUGGAAAUUAGAUUCUAGUUUCACUGCUAACAGGUGCCGUGUUACAUCAUCAUAUAAUGACUACUCGGAGUGUGAUUAAUUCAUCACAGAUGACUUAGUACUCUUUAGUUUGGAAACGGUUAAUAUUCUGUGUUUAUCUUGCUGCAAUCAAGAACCCUGUUCAAAAUUAAAAGAGAAAAAGGUCACUUGAUCUAAUUGCCUAGAUAAAUCUCUCUCCAUCAGAAGCUUACUGAGAUCGGGUUAUCAUUCCAUAUGGAGUUACAGGCAAGUGAUGAAGUCUCUUUUAUGAACUGUAAUUUGGAACCAAGCAUUUAAAGUGACACUUAGCAAUGUCUAACAUUACUGCACAAGAGACGUCCAAUUGAAUUAACCUCCAGCUGAUCAUCGCAACUAAACAAAUUAUGCUAUGGCUUAAAUGAGAUGAAAGAGGCUAGAGCAGGCCAGGAUCAUUUGGCGGGAAGGUUAAUUUCUUGUAACAAGUUCUAACCUAACUCCGUAUGGUAUCUGGCCAAAAUUCUAUCCAGAAUCUCUACUGGAUCAGGCGAGAAGAAAGAUCACAUAGCAUUACAAACAAAAGCAGCGCCUGCAGAAAGGAGGCACUGAGCAUAAUUAUAUACACACAAACAGGAACGAGGAUUUUCCGAACAGGCGAGAAAAUGAGAACUUGGGUUAGUGAUCUGAAAGGCAUCCAGAUGGAGUAUAGUAUCCAACAAAAUGUAAAUCAUUCAUUGCUUCAUAAUUCAUUACGGAGAGAUGGCAACACGUCUCCAGGUGUGCUCAGCUAAUGUAUAACAUUUGUUCGGGGAAUGUUCGAUAUAAAUUUAUUUAUUGCAGCAUCCAUAAACACUGGCUGAAGUUGAAUAUUAUUUUUUUUCUUGUAAGAACACAUUGUAUCGGUUUAGGUUUAAUAUAUGGGCUGCAAUCUAUCACUUCUCAAGUGAUUAGUAAAUUGUCCAACAAAAUGCGCUAUUGCGCCUAGAACAAAAAGAGAACUAAGGGAGUCUUAUACCUUGUUAAGUAAAGGAAAUUAAAGGGAUGUUAUAGUGGCAGGAAUACAAAGCUGUAUUUCUGGCACUAUAGCUCCCUCUUAAAAAAACACAAAAAUUAGGUGAUCACUAUAUACUUGAAGGCAGCAGUCAAUCUUACAUGGAUUCCCUAAAACCUUGUAGGAAUAAAGACAGAAGACAAAUACCAAAAAUAAUUAAAAUAUAAUAAAGUCCAUAAGUGAAGUCACAUAUAAAUCAUAUAUACAUACUUUUUAUGUCUUUAGGGGCAUUGUCUGUUAUACAGUGUAUGAUAUCUCAAAGAGAAGGGGAAAAAGACAAUAAUAGUGCAAUAUGUCCUUAGCAAAAUAAAAUAAAGUGCUGUAAGGAGAGCUCACUCACAAUUUAUAGAGCUAUAAAGAGCUCUGCUGUGUUAGGCGUAGACGGUACAAUCCCCGUCACAGGAUAUACAUUCAGCUGUAAUGAUGGUGGAUUUGCCAGUAUAUCGGAUAUGUGGAGAGAAGAAUAGGAAUAUCAAGUAGUGCAAUAUGUAUAUCAAAGUGACUAUGCGUAUGCAGAAGAAUAAGUAUCUGUAACGGAUCACCUGGCACCCCGACUGGGUACCUCCGUUGAAGGAUGCUCCUAGAGCUUCCUCAGGGCUCCAAGCACUCCAGCCAACACCAUAACCACUGUAGACUCCUUCAGAGAGCAAGACAGGAACAAGCUCUUACAAGAGCUUAGCAGUGAAUAUAGCAAGAAAGUAUGCAGAGCAUAGCAAUCCCUUGUAGCAGAUUCCCCCAAUAAGAGACGGCACUCCAAAUUUAGGGUGAAGUAGAACUGACUGUACUGGCACAUACAGCCUCUUUUAUUCACAUUCUACCAACAUAGUACUGCCCACAGGGUUUUGCAGAACAACCAAUCAAUACGUACAAUACACUCAGACACUCCCACAGAAAAUCCUUCCCUCUGCCUGUGAUAUAAUUACUGAACACAAUGGUCUAAUGUAAUUAUCACAGGCAGGAAAAUACACAGUUUUACACAAUAUUCAUAACUCUAAAAGUAUACAUUACAUUCACAUAAAACUUACAUUUUCAGAAUCAGCAUACUCCAAAUACAAACAUACGUCACAAUCAUACAAAUUGGUCCAGUGGGUCAAAAGUUAGUUGGUAGUCCCUUUGUGACCGUCUGCAAGCAUGGCUUGGGUGUGGUAAGCCAAUUACCUCCAGCAUACAGAAAAUAGUUCUAUUCACAACAACAGUAGAAACACAUAAAAAUACAUAAUUCCUAUUAUACUUAACAGAACCCCCACAUUCAACCUAUCCCCAGAUAGCUUGGAUCUGAGAGCUCACUAUAUCUGAACAGCACUCAGAUACCACAAAUACAGUCAAAUCUCCAUGGGGUUAAAACAUUGUAAGAGCUGAUGAGAGACCAAGGAGGGGCAAAACAGCACGUUCCAACUGGUCUGGCAGUGUGCCUGGGACAACACCCUGCUGGAACAAUAGACAGGAAAUGGGGAGGGGAAAAGACACAUCUUCUCAUGGAUUCAAAUGGGCAGAAACAGUCUUUUAGAAGCCAAUAAACCCCAAAUAGUCUUUUUAAAUGGCAAUACACCCCAGGGCCAUAGUCAUGAGGGAGGAGGCUGGCAAUCAGGCUCCUCCAACAGCCAGGGGCAAAGGGCAGUUGGUCAUAUAAAAAUCCAGUGACAAAAGGCAUUUUGUCACAGUAUCUUACUCACAUGGACUAGAGAAUGGACCUGCUCUAGUAUAGAAGCGCUGUGGUGGUAUAAUCCCCACCUGGGAUAUAUGUAGAUCAGGAAGCCAAAAAUCCAAAAUGAUAAAUUCAAAAUAAAUUAAAUGUAUAUUUAAAAGGAUUAAUUUUAUUAUAAUGAACAAGAUAUGUAUUUAAAAAUAUAAAUAAAAAACAGUCCAAAUGAAAGGCAAAAUCACACGUUACGCGUUUCACCUUGAAGGUUUCAUCAGAAGUGUGAUGGAGGUGUGACUACAGUUCCCUCUGUUGACAAGGGUUAGUGCAUCUAGAGGGUCGGGGUAAUACAGAGGUUCAGAUUUCCAUUUGUUUGAUUCUUAGUCAUGCCUUCUUAACUCGAGAUGAGCCCUCCGUUUCAGCCAUUGAAGCCGCCCUUGUGGACCGCUAGCAACUUCCAUGCUGCUGCCACUCCUGAAACGCAAGGCACCCGGCUGUGGAGGCAAAGAAGCAAACUGCUUAACAGGACUUGAGGUCAGCAUUCGUUCCUGGAGUUUGGCCUAGAAGGCAGGGAAUAUUUCCUCCAGGUUGGUCAGAGUGCGCGCUGCCAGGCCACUGAAGGUUAAGGGACUUGCUGAUAUAUGCUGAUAUGCAACUGCUCUGCUUGGUGGUUAGGCUCCACCCCUCCCUUCGAUAGUUUUAAACACAUAAAAAUAACAUUGAGAUGUGCAAGGAAGAUAUCAAAGGUUGCUAUGGCAAUACAAGCAUUUUAUUGCUGGUCCAAUCUUGUGUCACAUGACAAUGAUGUAAAUAAUAAGCCCUGGAUGAAAUCUGAAUGAAGCAACAUUUUGGGAUAUUAUCUCUUCAGGUUAUGGAUAUUCAAAGGUAAUAAGAAAGAUGGUAUCUAAUGCAGGCCUCAAUUUAAUAUGGCUGGAUAAACUCUACAAAUGAUUCUUUCAGCAGAUUAAAAUAUCAAACAAUAUAUCAUAUAAAAAAAAAAACAUAUAUUAAUAUAUAAAAAAAAAAUAAAAAAAUUAAUACAGUAAUACAGAGUAGAAAAUACACUUGCAAUAAUUGAUAAUUUAUAUAUUGUGCUAGACAAAAUACAUACAUAUUAUUAGCUAUGGACAAAUGUUUUUUUAAAAGGCCACUAUAGGACACUUCAUUCAAAAUUACGUGGUCUGGGUGCCAUGUCCACCUGUUUUAACACUGCAAUGCUGUAAAUGAAAACAUUUCUGUUCUGCAGAAUGGCAGUAUUUUCAUUGUAAUGUAUAUAUGUAUAUACAAAUGCUAAUAAAAUAUUUAACUUUAAAGUUAUGAAAAAUAUAGUUCUUAAACAUCUGCAGUUCUAAGGUUAACCAUCAUUGUGAUGUGUAAGGGAACCCCACUCAGAGAGUAGUUCCUUUUAUUGUAAAGCUACAUAGGCUUUUCAGAAGAGUCAUGCUGUUAUUUAAAACUUCACAGGGUUGUCUGCACUACGUGGAAAUGUUUUAAGAGACAUUGAUGCACAUAGAGAUGUAAGACUGCGCACUGCUUUGCUCCUACAACAUACAGAGCGCUUCAGUAGAGCAUAGCUGUCUGUCCGAACAUCUAUUCAAUAAGCUGGUAGGCACACGCUACACAGCUAGAAUUAAAAAUUAAAUACCCUGUAAAUCUCUGAGUUUCAGACAGUUAAGCAGAGCGUUGCACGGGAGACAAACAGGUUGCUUAACCCAGGCUAAAAAUAGCCAAUAAUUAUUCGCUCGGUCUUUGAGAAACAAAAAAAAAAUUGGUUGUAGAGAAAUGUUGAGAAAUUUAAAAAAAAAAGAUUUUAAUGCUCUCUUUAUCUGAGAGUUCAGUAAGGCAUUAAUGAAUCAAAGCUUAAAGGUAGAAAGCAAAAAACAGAACAUAGACAAGAGUUGUGCCACGAAGAAAGGGAAAUUAUUGCAUACAGGUAAGAUCGUUGCAGUACAAAGCACAAAUAUAUAGGUGUAUAACAAUAUACAUACAUCAAUCAGUAAUAAGUAAUGAGACAUAAAAAUAAAAAAUUUGAAAAUACACAUAGGGUAAUAUUAUUGGUAAUCAAAACAGAAAUGUUGAUAUAAUAUCACUCUCAAAAUUCCCUUAAAAUCCAGACAUUCAUGGUAUAAUCCCUACACUGGGAUAUAAUCUGGAUAACAUAGCCAGCAGAUUUAAGCCAGUAAAAUAUAUAUCCAACAAAUGUAUAUAAAUAUAGCAAUAUUAAAAAAGAAAAUUACAUAGUGUAAUCCUGUAAAACCCCUCAGUAAUCUGAAUGAAACAAAUGUAUCCAUGCAUGAUUGGAAGCAACGUUAUACUCCAUUAAUGAAAACACCUUUUGGCUUCAAUUGAUUCUUGCAAGCACUUAAUUAUAUUUUUUUUCCCAAAUGUGAAACUGUCAGAAGGUCAGAGCACACACUGCUUUCAGAAUUUGUCCAGAUCUAUAUGGAUCUGUCCAGUUUACGGCAGGGUUAUUAUUCUAUGUUGUAAUUGUGCAUAGAAAGGGUUCGUGGGAUGCCACCGCACUCUAUUUGAAAUCAAUAAAAGCAUCCGAGGUGGCUGGAAGGUCUCACGCCCCCAUAGAUGCAUUAGAUCAGCACUGCCCAAAAGGUAGAUCCCGAGAUGUUUUAGAACUACAACCCCCAUGAUGCUUUGCAUGCCUUUAGAAUGACACAGUAUCAUGGUAGCUGUAGUUUUAAAACAUCUGGGGAUUUACCUCUAUGCCACCCCUGUUUUAGAUAAUUACGAUAUUCAGUAAUAUAUUCAGCAAAUGAGAGCCAUUCAAAUGUAUUGUUGCAAUAUAUUUUUGCUUGUUUGAUUCAUUAUCUCCAUAAGGCUUUACAAAUAAGGAGUUAUUUGUAUCCUGGAGUGUCCCUUUAAUCACGGACUUUGAUUAAGCUCUCCUUAGUCUGGUUCUGCUUAAACUGUCUUACUAAGCACACAUACACACAUAAGUAUAUAUAUACAUAUAUAUAUGCCUUUGCAUUUGACUGCAGAUCUACUACACGGGGCAAUUGCUGAGUUGGAUCAUAUUCAGAGCUUCAUUUAGGUUAAAUGGAUUCUGAGUUUUUUUGAAUCCUUGUUGUAUUUUUUUUUUAGCUGUGAAUAGAAAGUUUGUCACUGGGCCAUGGUGCUGUUAUGGUCACACAAGGCUGCAGAUAAUCUGUUGAUAAACUACACUGGAUUGAUAAUAAUUUAGGCAACUGCAUCAAUAGCUUCCUUUUUAGUGUGGCACAGAGAGAGAUCCUGCUUGAAUACAGGUGACUGGGGUUAUGUUUUAACUACCUACAUGUUCAAAUAGAUGAGCACCUAUAUUAGAAUCAGAUUGUUUAAAAUAAAUGUGGAAGAGAGAGCGAAUGUGGAAUAAAUAACAGCAAAUCAUUUAUAUUAGGUAACUCUUACCAUGGAAGGAUUCUGGAGAUAUCAUCAUAAACAAUCAAAUCAAAGUUCAAUUUGGUUUAUGCAUAGGCGUGCGAGAGGAAGCAGAGAGCACACAGCUCCCUCGCCGCGGCUGAGAUGGAGACAGGCACCCGACCCACUGGACCCCAGGGACAAGUCCACGCCAGCUCUCCAGGAAGGGAGGCUGGGUGGGCAUUUUUUUAUUAAAAAAAUAAUAAUUUGUGAGUGUCUGUGUGUGUGUCUGUAUCUGUGAAUGUAUGUGUGUGUGUCUGUAAGUGUGUGUGUCUGUGAAUGUAUGUGUGUGUGUGCCUGAGUAUGUGAGUGUAUGUGUGUGUACGCAUAUAUAUAUAUGUGUGUGUCUGUGUAUGUGUGUCAGUGUGUGUGAGCACGUGUGUGUGUAUAUAUAUAUAUAUAGAGAGAGAGAGAGAGUUCCACACUUUAUUCCCCAGGACUUGACCCCUGUCGGCUCAUGCAGAGCCGGUGCUAUCUGAGUGCCGGCUCUGCUCUAAGCCUCCAUGGGCCGGAGAGGAGAUCAAAGACAGCAUGGAGGCAGGCAGGAGAGGGCCCGGGGAGCUCUAGACAGAAGCUCCGCCAGGUUCCUCUCGCGAGAUCUGAGAGUUGCCAUGGCAAAGCUCAGAUCUCGCGGGAGUGAACUCUAGCCCCGCAGACUGGAGUUCACUCUCCACUGGACCACCAGGGAUGGCACAUGGCAGCAAGAAUCCCCCUCCCUACAUAAGGUAAGAAGGGAGGGGGGAUAUUUACUAAUUUGCCCCCACCUUCACAAUCCCUCCAAACAUACAGCACCCACACACACACAGCACCCUAACACAAACAGCGUGCACAUACAGCACCCUCACACACACAGCACACAAAGAGCACCCACACCCAUACAGCACCCUCACACACAGAGCAUCCUCACACACACACACACAGUACACUUACACACACAGUUCACUAACAACACCCUCACAAACACACACACACACACAGCACCCUUACAAACACACAACACCCUCACACACAGCACACUAACAGCACCCUCACAAACACACACAUCACCCUCACACAAACAGCACACUCACACACACACAUCACACAAACAGCACCCUCCCACAGCACACUAACAGGACUCUAACACACAUACACAAAAACCCUCACACACAGCACACUACCAGCACCCUCACACACAGCACACAAACAGCACCCUCACACACACAAACUGCACCCUCACACACAGCACACUAACAGCACCCUCACCAACAUAGAACACUAACAGCACCCUCACACACACAUCACACUAACAGCGGCGUGUGUUUGUGCUUUAGGGUGCACACCCUAAUGCAAUAGGCUGCGCACGCCUAUGGGUUUAUGAAUGUCUCCAGAAUCACUUGAUGUGUUAUUUUCCCCUAUUACGCUUUUCAUUAACAUGUAUAUUUUAUAUUACAUUUUAAUUUUGAAUUUUACUAUUUUAGGCAAUGUUUUAGUCUAUUAGGGUUAUAGUUAGGGUUAGUUUUAAUAUUAGAGUUAGUGUAAGGAUUUAGAUCUAGGGUUAGAUUAUUAAAGGGGUUAAAGGCUGGUGUUAGUGUAAGAGUUAGGGUAGUGGCAGGGUUAGAGUAAGGGUAAUGUAGGGCUUAAUGAUUAGUGUUAGCAUAGUGUACGGGUCAAUGUUUAAUACUUGAGAAAGCUCCAGUGAGUGGCAUGCAAUGCAUUGUGGGUAUUAUUAUACAUAAUUGGAACUAAGAAUGAGUGCACAGGUGAGAUGCCUAAAUCACAUGAGGACUGAGAGAGUGUUUCAUUGUGGCUAGAAACUCUCUGUAUAGCUAUCUCUGCGGCUUACCUACCUCGCCUCAUUUUUGUUUUUACUGCAUUUUAUAUGCUUUACUCACGGUCCUUUGGGUAGCAGAAUCAGUGUUGGUUUUUUUCGAUUUAUCGCUAGUCAGAGCCUGAACUUCCUUGAGUGCAGUAGACUGAGUGGUGGUGAGCCACCCUGAUCUUCUGAGUUGUGUUCGUAUAGGAAUAUAAAGGGCAAUUAUCAUACCUGUUUUAUUGGUUUGACUAUAUGUGUAUUAUUUUUUUUAUUUUUUUUUGCAGUUUCUGUGAAUGGGAGAUAUCUUUAAGAGUAUAUACAUUUAUAUAAGUAUACACAUCACGUUUUAUUUUGCGCACCUUAUUUUAUAUAAUUUUGACUUGGUAAUGGUUAGCGAUAGCGUAGCGUUUAAAGAUAGGCUAUACCUGUAAGAGUAAUACUGGGAUAUACCUGUCAGUAAUGCCUUAGAUUAAUUCUUGUGAGCGUAACUCACACUAAUCGCAAGCAGACAGUGACAUGUAUGUCCUGGUUGUGCCACAGAGUAGGUCUCCCCUGAACUGCACAAAGAUCAUGUGUGCGUUAUUCUCUCUUCAUUAUAUGCAGAACAAUGUUUACUUUGAUCUAGGCAAAUUCUAAGACAUCGUAUUUCCAUAAAUCUCCCAGAAUGCAUUUCUUAAUAUGCAGAUUAGCACAAACAGGUAUUUGUUCCCAGUAUUUAACUCACAAUUCUGCAUUGGCCCUUUACACCGGAGAGAUGUAAGAUAUAAAAAAAUAGCAGAUUGACUCCCUCUGGCAGGCAGCGCUCCCUUUGUCCUGGAAAUAAUGUAGGCAUAAUUGUCAUCGUUAUCAGACGUGCCUCGACUAAAUCGGCCACAGGUUACAAAAGUCCUGUUGGGUGAAGGAAGAUUAGUUUUGUAAUAAACUUUUAAAUAUCCUUAUUGCCUUUAAUGUUUUGGGACAUGAGAUGCUGCAUUAAAUAUACUACCAUUUUCCCGUCUCUUAUUUCUGUGCUGGAACAAGCUCCUUGCUCAGUGCUAUUAUGAGUACAGCCCGUUUGCUUGUAGCAAUUGGAUCCUGAGAGAACGUUGAUUCUCCUUGCAUUAUGUUCGAGGCUAGCAAAGUGCUAUUUCUUCCAUGAUGUUUUACUGCCAUCUUGUGGCUAAUAGAGCAAAUGCAUUCACAACUGUUUUGAUUAGGAAAUUAGCCCAGAUGAUUUUCUAUAAUCAUAAUUAAUAUUAUAAGAAUGCUUUCAAUUUAUUAUUAAAUUAUCAUAUUUAUUAUAUUAUAUAUUUCUUUUAUUUAGUGUCAAUAAAUGCACCCGUGCUAACGGGUUUUACAAGUGGUACUUUGUGAAAUUGAUACACUAGAGCCUAGCAUACAGUUUUCAUCCUAAUGGGGAUUGGUGAACACAAAGCACAGAUAAAGAAAUGUAGCAGAAAUUAUAGCCUUGGGUUAGUGCAGGGGUUCUAAACGUUAGUCCUCAGGACCCCCUACCAGUCCAGGGUUUAGCGAUUACCUGGGUGUGUCUAAGGUGUUUAGAAAAAAAAACACCUUAGAGUCUAAGGUGUUUUCUUCCCUUUUUCUAAACACCUGAGACACACCCAGGUAAUCCCCAAAUCCUGGACUGGUAGGGGGUCCUGAGGACUGGGUUGAGAACCCCUGGGUUAGUGGGAUGAUCAUUAAAGUAUUUUCAAGGAAUGGCUAGGAAGGAAAUGUUUGAGGUAGUCAGAGGCUAACUAAAAAAAACAGUUUCAAGAAUCUGUGUUGCAGACUAAUUCCUUUGAUCCAUAAUAGUUUUAUAUGUUCACAUCAUAUCCCAAGGCCAAAUACCCAAUACUAAGUAUAGCAAGUGUGUUUUUGUCUUUUAUUUUUGCAGCUCGGUAUCUAACUAGCUAGGUAUGACAUAUAUUUUUUUUUUUUUUUUUUUAAAGUGGCCUUUUAGAUUGUAGGCUUGGUUAGGAAGUCUGCAUCUAUGGUUCCUGUAAGUCAAACAUGUGUUGUUAGAAUUGCUUGUCUUGUUUUAUCUAAUGUACAGUGUUGUAGAAUUUUUGGGCGUUAUAUAAUUUAUUGGAAUUUUGUAUGUAUGGGCACUGAUAAAAAUAAUUAGCGAAAAGUGAUAGGUGAAAAAAAGAAAUGGAAUGCUGUGUGAUAAUUUCUUCAAAAUACUGUAUAUUGCGAAUCUUCCUUAAAAUAAAGUACUUUUAAAAUACUAUUCAUUGAGCAUCGCCCUUUACUUCAUCUAUAUUAAAUCUCCAUUACUUCAAUGGAGGAAACAAACUCGGGAAUAUCUUUAACUACGGAUAGUUUACUAUGAGUUAAAGGGACAUUCCAGAAACCUAAGGCACUUCAGCUUACUGAAGUGCUUUAUGUGGGAAGAUGUGUUCUCUUUGUCAGUGUACAAAGAUAUGCAGAUUUCAGUAAUAAUCAUCACUUUUCUAAGUUAACCUUGUUACACCUCCCUGGCUGUCAAUCAGACAACCAGCCAUUUUAACAUUCUGGUUUGCUUAGCUCAGUGGAGCUAAACUCAAGGGGCAGCAACUGCCCAGAGUAGUCGCCUUGCAGAGACUUCUCAUUGAGCUGCAUUGGGAAGUCUGUGAUUGGACAGCCACAGAAAGUUUGGGUGUGGUAAUAAAGGGAGGGCUUGCAAUGGCUUCAAACAAAAAAUAAAAAAAUAAAAAAGUUUGGAUAUACACCAAUGAAAAAUGCAUUAUUAAAUGCACACAUGUCAUUUGAGACUAUAUCUACUAACCAGUAUUUUUUUUUAUUUUAUUUUAAGCAAUGAAGUGUCCCUUUAAUUCAUUAAACUGUGAAUAACUGAAAAGUAAUAAAGACAUAAAACCUUUUGGUUCAAAGUAGCUAAACUGGAUUUUUGUGUCUGAAAAUUUGCAAAAAUGAUUUCAGUUUUCCACUAUUUCAAACUAGUUGAGUAAAACCCAAACUGUUUUAAAAGAAACCUAUGGCAUGAGUUCAGAAUGAUGGCGGCAUGUUUGUUUAAUGAGAUGGGCUGAACUGAACCUGCUUCUCCACAUUUUCUUACCUAGUCAGUUAAUCCCUAAAAUCAACACGUUUUGCAAUUACAAUACCAGGCUACUGCCAAUGAAAUGUAAUGGUAUAUUUAAAAAGUAAGUUUGUGCUAAAUGGAUACAAAAGACUGUAAGUAACCCCCAUUUUUAAUGUAUUACAUGUAUUAAAAAGUCAAAAUAAUGAAAACCCAGGGUCAUUCGUCCAUCACUUCCCUGAUAACCCCCUCUCCCCCACCUCUUCUUUCUGUUUCUCAUCUAUACCCCCCCCCUUCAAUGCUACCUCCCCACAAAAUGCCUGAGACAUGUAAUAUGCAUAACCUAUGUACCUAAUGUCAAUAAGCAACACUGAAAUGCCUAAUUCAAUUGUAACCGGAACAUUUCAUCAUAUGUUCAGUCACAAAGUAAGGUAUUCAAGGUACAAACGCAAUUGUAAUGUAUCUACAUGUCUAAAUAAAAAUUGUCAAAUAAAAAAAAAAAAGUCAAAAUAAUGAAGAAGUACUUAUCUUUAAAUCUUUAUACCUACACUUGUGUGGAAAUCCCAUUCAGCUGUGCUGAGCUAAUCAAAUGCCUGGUAAUCGCUGCACGAACGAAUCGAUUUGUUCUGAAAAUCACAAAUGAACUGAUUCGUUUGGGCAGUGAUUAACAGCCACUGAUUCUUUUAGUGCAGCUGAGUGAGAUUUGUGCACAAUACUAGGUAGAAGGAAUUCAAAGGUAAGUGCUUAUCUUUGGCAUUCUUUGUUUCAUUCACUAAAGUAAGACUUCAACGUGAAUUUCAAAUUUAAGGCCAGGGUAGCCACACUGAAAGACAAGGUGACUUAGAUCAUUUCAUUUCGAUCUGUUGACACAGAAUAAUCUAAAAUUUAAAACACUCUUACACAGAUUUAGAUACAUUGUCUGCGACAAAAUUUUCAGUACAAUAAUUAAAUCGCUUUUCUAUUUUCGAGCUUUUGGUGGUCUGAACUCUCUUUCUGUUAGCAAUCCGUUUACAAUUAGGUGAUACAUUAACUCACUGUUUCAUGGCUGUGUUAAUUUUCACACAUAAACACAUUUAUACUUAAACCACUAUGAGUAGCUGUUAUUGGAAUCAGAAUCUGGACAUCUAAGGCACUCCAGCAUCGAUCGAAAAACAUCUCACGAGGUAGAGGUUGCAGUCAAUAGUGAGAAUGUCUGUCAACAGUCUGCAAAUGUCUACAGAAAUCAGUAUAUCGACUGAGAGAGAACAGUAAACCUGAAGAUAAACAGAAUGUCAAUUUAGAAGAUCAAGGUAGGAAUAGGGAGACUCUUGGAUUCCAGCUGUGGACUACAACUCUCAUGAUGUUCAGCCAUAUUCAAAGCUGGCAGGUGGCUGUUUGCAAAAACAAGAGAAACAUCCAAUUACUAUUAUAUAUUUCUAAUUCCUAACAACUACAGCCUCUCGUCUAUUCUACUUAAAAAAAUGUUAAAUAAUAAAAUGUACAAUUUACCCUUUCUCCUGACCUCAGUGAAACCACAUGUAUUUACUGACUACACUCCGAAACAAAUAUACUAUAUACUAUGUCUGAUUCCUGCACGUCUUCUUUAGGCCAGGCUUACAAAGUUACAUUGACUUAAAUUUAUAUAUCAACUGUCAUAUAUAGCUAGACAUUUGUUCUAUUACUGAUAUAAGUCAAAAGGCUUUGUUCUGGCAGAAAACGCAACCUAAUCAAAGAGUAAUUAAUUCAUAUUAAUUUAUAUACUGUAUAUUCAGUUAUCAGUAUAUAAAAUAGCACUAGCUGGAGUAGUUAUGUGCACAUAAAGGGUUAGCCCAUGUGGACACUGUAAAUAGCGAAUUGGAGAUUGGAACUUUAAAGGGACACUAUAGGCACCAGAUCACUGAGGAAGCAGAGUCAUCUGCGAAACGCGUCAACGCACCUUCUCGUCAUCGUGUUUGCACACUGGUUGGAAGCCCCGACUCCCGGAAGAACAGAGUUCACAGUACCCGGUUUUCGGAGUUCCGUAGUAGCCGGCAACGGACCAUACUCUCAGCCAAGCUCAGUGAGGAGUAGCUAUACGGAAUAAGAGGUCUUACCUGCUGGCCUGCGUGUUCUUUUAUAUGAAGCUGAAUAAAGUAGUUUACUACACCACGGUCAUCACUCUAGUUGUAUUGAAGAGCCUUUACAGUUAGAGCAGACUUCUCUGCUCUUCACUUGUGUGUUGAAUAUUCUCCCCUCUCCCCUUUUUUGUAUACUCAUUUGUACUGUAUUGCCCUAUGUUUUUCUAUUUUAUUUUUUUCAUGUGAUAUUCCUGAAGUGAUUAUUCCCUGAUGAUAAGAGUAUGUAUAUAGUGUUUAUUAUACAGACACAGUUUUUAAGCAACUGUUUUUCACAGAUGUUUGAACUUUACAGUGUUUGAUUGCACAGUGCACUUUCACUUAGUUUUCUGUGAUUCACUUUAUAUUCACUAUGAUAUGAAUAUAUGUAUGCACUUUAUCAUUAAGUGAUAUCACUAUUCACUUUGCAAUAUUUUUAAAGAUACAGUGCACUUUAUUUGUGGUUUUUUUUUGUCUAGUGAUGUGCUUCUUUAACUUUUACACAUUAUAAGGUGCAGCUAUUAUAUUAUUUUCUAAUUGUAUCCAAAGAAUUUUUAGCGCCAUACUUUUACUUGAUUUUUUCUUUUACCAGAUCACUACAUCUCAUUGACGUGGUUUGGGUGCACUGUCAAAGUCCCCUUAACCCUGCGGCUGAUAGCAGUUUUAGAGAAAUUGCAAUGUUUAUAUUGCAGGAUUAAGACUGGCUCUAGUAGCUGUCUACCAGACGGCCACUAGAAGCGCCUCCUGCUGUUUCAUGGAGUUUAACUCUUAACUCACGCUUUGCAUGAGGAUGUCCGGGGUGUUGAGAAUCCACAUAGGAAAGAAUUAGGUUCCCCCCUCGAGAGAACGUUAGAGGAGAUUGAGCCUGCACCAAGGGACUUCAGCGCUGGAAUCAGGUGAGUCGUUUCUAACCCUUUAGGUGCCAGAGGGCGGAGGCGCAGGGGCAGAGGGACACUAUAGUGUUAAGAAUACGGCUUUGUAUUCCUAAUACUAUAGUUUUCCUAUAGGAGUUAUCUGAAUUUGCAUUUAAAGAGCUAUGUCUGAUGUGAUGUAAUGCCACUCCGGUCCUGGCAUCAAUAAUGGGAGUGCAAGGAAGCUCUGCAAGCUGAUACUAGCAGCCCCAACUAACCCCUGGGAGGUGGUUCACUCCAGCUUUCCCAUGCAAAGGAAGGGAGGCUGGGUGGAUCUCUUCAAAAAGCCCCAAUACAAUUAAAUAUUUUGUGUGGGUUUCAGCUCUCUGCUUUGUCCUAGUGCCAUGAGCGUAGCGUGAGCGUGUCUAACGAUGCACUUGUGCCCCGCUUUCUGAAGACAGUUCCCCGGUGUCCCCAAAACCAGGACACGAGGUAACAAAGUCUGGGACGGCAAUGCAGGACCCUUAAAUAGGGACUGUCCUGCUGAAAUGUGGACUAUUGGGAGGCCUGCACUCAUGAUGUCUGUGUUAGAACUGCCCAGUUGAGGGGGAAAAAGUGUCAGUGGUGGGCACAAUACAUCUUCAACUGUGUAGCCAAAAAGAAUUUCCACUGGCCCUGUGUGUGGACUGAAGACUGCAGAAUAGACGCAAGGGUAGGAAACCAAUGCAUUAUCCACGCAGCUACGGAUGGUGACUCCCAUAUUACUUAGCCAGCAAAGAAAAUGAUGGCGAAAGCACUGGAUUGACAUAGCAGAACUAAUUAACAAUUAUAACAGGUCAGUCUUAAUAACAAUCAAAACAACAGUGUUAUUGCUGCCUCAUGGUGCUGGUGUUGUGUUUCUUUCUGCAUAGCCAAGAUGAUAUUACACCAAGAAGCCAUUAUAUGCAAUGAAGCAAUUGAACCCCCAUGAGUCCCAUCACACUCAGAGCAAAAAAGCAGAUAUAUAGCCACUGCUACCUCUUUAUGUCUGAAUCUGCAGUUAUAAAAAAAAAAAAAGACUAAAGAAUGUUCAAAACACCCAGAAUAUUCAACACAUUCAUAUCAAUAGUUUCUCUGUCUCCCACAAGUUUAGCUGAAGUCUUUUUAGUUCUGUUGUUGUCUUUGAAAGUUGUUAAUAAAGUUGAGCGCAAAAAAACGUCUCGCAAGGGAUCUCGGGAAUUGUAGUUCUGUGCUUCUUUUCCGCCAUUGCCGUGGAGCCUGCUAGUGUGUGCCUUACCAGAACUUUCAGUGCGAGCUGACAGGUCAGGAGGGAGCUAACCUUUCAUUGAUAUGCCCGCCGGGUCGCCGAGCCCCGUCUAGACUACCCCUGCAACUUCCUGGUGCUUGGCCAGCUCUGGGUACGAUAGGGCAGGCUUUGGGCCUAGUCACACCCACGUGGCUGUGUUUACUGUAAAGGGCUGCCUGUCAUUGAAUUAACUCCCUGAGUGCCAGGGAAAGGUGGGUCACUGGUCACUCACAGAGGUUAGGAUUUACACCUACUCAAUAUAUUAUUUACAUUAAAAAUGUGCUAUUUUCCCUAAAUUAAAGCUUCUGCAGCACAUUUGUAAAUAAUAAUGGAAUAUCAUUUAGAGCAGGGGUGCCCAAAAGUUAGAUCAACCCCCCUCCCCCCCCAGAUGUUUUGUAGAACUACAACUCCCAUGAUGCUGUGUAUUCCUUUAAAAUGACAAAGCAUCAUGGAAGUUGUAGUUUUAAAAUGUCUGGGGAUUUAUCUUUUUGAGCACCAAUGAUUUAGGGACAUUUAAAUCCGUGUGGCAACAGUGAACAUGAACUGUGAGGGUGUUUCUAGCUAUUAUUUUAUUAUUUAUUUAUAUGGCGCCAGCAAAAUUCCGUAGUGCUGUGCAAUGGGUUAAUUUAUUAUUUCAGAAUGGCUCGCAGAAUAUGUUGCUGAUUGUAUCUCUGGCAAUUAAAGUUUUUAAAGUCAGUUCUCCUAAGCACCCCAAUGCUGCAGGUUAUGAAAUUUUGUUAUAUAUGACAUACCCAGGUAGAUACAUUGGGUGAGUUUUUGUGUCAUACCACUGAUAAAUAUGUGUGGUUUAUUUCCUUAUUUUGGGGUGGAAAAUAUGGGGACUGGCAGCCUUGUCUCUGAUAUCUAUCACCUGCCAUACAGUAACCCCUGUGGUGCAAAUAAAUUGCAACUUAUAAUUAAAUUUGAAUACACGCCAGUGUGUUCAUAGCAGCUUAUAUUUGUGUUUUUAAUUGUAAAUUUUGUUUUAAAAAUAAUCAUUUUAUUUUAUAUUUAUUUUUCUACAAAUCAGGGUACAUACAUCAGAAAUGGAUGGGAAGCCUGCCGUGGUUUCCAAAAAAGCGGAGGAAAUGGUCAACGGUGUUGCCACUCAAGUGGUUUGCUCCGCAUUCAGCGAUCACAUUUUAGUUGUGGUGACACAGUAUGGAAAAAUGGGGACUCUGGUGUCUGUCUCGCCUAAUGCCAUGUCAGGUGAUCUUGGUACACCAUCACUAACUACAAAAGUGCUUUUAGGAAAAGAUGAGGUCAGUAUUCUCUAAAGAGUACAUGUCAUGCUAAAAUUCUAUGGACUUACAUCACAAGGCAUUUUAUUUCACAAAUACAUUGGGCUACCAUUGCCUCAAACGCUGCAGACCAGCAAUGGAAAAUUUGUUUAUCAUAGUGAAGAAUUAGAUUGGGGUAAGCAACCUUCAGCACCCAAGACAUUAUGGACUACAUCUCCCAUAAUGCUGGCAAAGUAUCAGCAUCUGGAGUGUUGAAGGUUGCCAACCCUUGUAUGAGACUAUUGCUCACCUAUGGAAGCUCCCACCUCCUCGUAAACAUUCGUUCAAGCAGUGUGAAUCCGAUAGCCCUCUUGGUUGUCAGCUUGAAUGCUAAGAGGGUGUUGUCAAAUUAAUUCGUAAAAGUGCUGAUUUCUCCUAAAAUCAGCACAUUUAUUAAUUGGGACAAUGGGGGCUGUAUUGUUCCUUUAAGUCAUCAUUUAAAAAGGUUUCAUAACACUAUACAGUGUUAAGCCACCCACUGUGUCAAAGUACCUCAAUAUAGAUAUAACUUUCGUUAGCUCCUCUGAACUAAGUCCUGGAAGCAAGGCUUAGCUCCUUGGCUGAGAGCAUGAGUUAGGGGCCUAACUGCAGGCAGAUCCACUAUACUGUGCAUUGAACGACACAUUAAAAGUAUGUAUCCUUUUUACCUAUUUAAUUCCAUUUCUUGACUCCAUUAUUGUUUUCUUAAAUACCAAACUCUUUAUAAUUUAUUAAAAAUAAGGGGUAUUUUUUUAUUGUUUAUUGCCUGUUCUGGAUCUAUGUAUAUUUGUCAUAGGUCUUGCCUGGGUAUUUGGUAGUUGGCAGUCCAAGUUGUUUUGAUGGAAGAAAUUGCCCAGCCACAAAUUUACGGAAUAUAUAAAAAAAAAAAAAAAAAAAAUUUCAAUUUACCUCCAGAUUAAUUAAGGUUUUGUUUUCCUCCACAGCCUCUAAUCCACGUUUUUGCAAAAAACUUGGUAACUUUUGUGUCGCAAGAAUCAAAGAACAAACCAGUCCUUCUAUCCAUCGCAUUAAAGGAUAAAAGCGUGGACAGUAUUAAAGCACUGAGAGAUGUUAUCAGAAGUUGCCAGGUCUGGUAAUGGAGAGUGAGAUUACAUUUAAGGGAAUCUACCAUCUAACUAACGGUUUGACACAGAGCACAUCGAAGGAUUAUACCUGCUGAGUUGAUGGAAGAUGUAUAGAAUGAGAAGGAAUAAAUGGUUCCUAUUGUAACCUCUGGUCAUUUUAUUAAGUAAAUUUUCCCCAAAACACAUCAUUUGAUGCAGCAUAAUGAUAUCUUAAGAGGGCAUCAGUUGGAAUUCUGGUAGAAUACUGUGAACACCAGGUUGUAUUAGUUUUCAGCCAUUCAGUCAUUAAUUGAACACUCCAAGCAAGAUGCUCGCCGUAGUGUUUAUGGUACUAUGAGUGCCCUGGCAAUGUCUAAAUGCAAUUUUAUGAAACCAUUUUAAAACUGUUUCAUAGCUUGCCAGGAGGUCCACACCAUUUACUGUCCUCUCCUGCAAGAGAAGUCAGAUAUCUCUUUGCAGCCCAAGCACAGCUGUUAUCGCGCUGCACUUUUUGGCCAAGAGCGCUCAACUCUUGUUCUCAGCUAAUGAGAAUGGUCCUGCUUAGGUCAAUGGAGCGAAAAGGAUUCUCCUUUAAGAAGAAUCUGGAAGCAGGACCUGAAGCAUCAGUACUUCUAAAACAGACAGAUUUUACUGGGACAGUGCCAGGGCAGUGGUGGUUAUGGUUCUCGGAGUAUGCCUUUAAACACCAUUUAGAAAAACGAUUACCUGUAAAAUUGUGCACUGUUUUAGCAUUUGUAUCCCCUAUCUUAUGCUGUUGUUUUCGUUCAGUGAUAUAAACACAUCUGCAAAAAUAAAUAAAAUGUAUGUAAAAUGAUAUUUUGCAUCGUUUCAUUAUUGUCACAGGACAAUUCUGCUUUAUGGCUUUGUGACUUUUUUUUUUAUUUUAUUUUUUUAAGUACCUGCCUGUGGAAUGCAGAGGUUUGAAUUCUACAUAAUUCAGUCUUCAUACUGGCUUAGCAUCGGGAUAAGAUUAAUUUAUCCUGAAAACUGCUCAAACAUCUAAUUUAAACCAGUUACAGGUGUGUUGUUUAAUACAUUUUUAUUUUUCCCUCCAAAUUAGAGGCAGUGCCCAACAACAGGGAUAUUCUCUAUCUUUAAGACACCCGGUUACUCCAUAUAUAAUGUAGGGCAUCAGACAGCACGUGGGUUUCAUAUUUUAAAACAUGUAAUUCCACCGCACAGAAUAAAGUUUUAUUUUAAACAGCUUUCUAUCAGAUACCACAAGGGUUAUUUUAUAAAACUUGCUGUAUUCGCUCCAGUUUUGUAUGUAUAAAUAUGUUACAUGUUCAUACAUUGGUACCCUUUUUUCCCUUCUUUUCUAUGUGUGCCAAAUGAAUCUUUCUUCCACUUUGUAUUCCUCUUUUGGAUUGUUUUUCUCCUUUUCAUUCCUGCUGAUUUUGCGAUUACAAUGAUUUUUCUUACAUCAAAGCUGCACUGUAAACCCCCACUCCUGCAAAAUGAGUCUUUCAUACAGAUAAUACUCAUACUGACUGUGUUGGGAUUUCACUGAAAUUCCAACUCUGUCAAAAGAUAUACUGAGACAAAUUAGAGACUACUUUGUUUAAGUAUUUUUCCUACACCUGACCCUUAUAGACACUGGGCAGAGUUACCGCUAUCUAGAAGUGUGAAUACCCCAGCAGUCACCAGUGAUGGCUGCAUGGAAUUGGUUCUCAUGUGAUUCUCCAUAAACCUCAUUGCUGAACUCUUGGGCAUGCGUGAGAGUACAGCUGUGAUGUCAGCUCCUGGUGCACAGAAGAGGACUGGGCAAAAGAAGAUGCCACCGAAAGACCCAGCGGCUAUGUCCUGCUGGGGGUCUUUGCAAAUCAUACAAAGUCCCCACAAGGCGACCGUACCGCAAAAAACUAAACAAGAAAGCUGCUAACCUGUCAUAGAAAACCUGCCAGUUUGAUGAUCGAGUAAUAGAAAUUUUUGUUUAGAAAGAAAUUCUGCACUUUUUUCAUAUUGGAAGCCACACAUUUGUAAACCAAUGAAAAGAACAGGAAAAUUAAAUGAUCAAAAGAAACACAUUUUGACAUAUUUUGGCACAUAUAAUUGUGCCCCCUAUUGCCUCCCUGUAUUUUACACUACGCAACAGAAUGUCUUGCCAGUUUCCUAUAUCUCCUGUUAGGUGAAUACACAAAAAAGGAAUCAGUGGCCAGAAACCAGCCGUGACUACAGUUUCAACCUUGUGAGUCUCAUCAGCAUGGCACCUGUUUUGCUCUGGGAGUUAAAGUCCUUGUAUUUGCACUGUAGACAGUUGUUUCGUGUUAGGCCUCACUACAUCUUUUUGAUACUUUGUUCAUGUUAGGUGAGUUAGACAUAAUGAUAAAACGUUCAUCCAAUAGGAAAAGGUUACUUUGCUUGUCUUGCUUUCUAUUGGACAUGCUGCAUUCUAAUACAGAACACACACAUUUAUCAACAUCUUUCAGGAUACAGUGUAAGUGGGGGAAAAUAUACUGAUUAAACGGAUCAAAUGGGCUCUUUCUGAAAGACACUUGGCAAACAUUGCGUCGAAUAUAGCAAAUAAUGAUUUUUACAGUUCUGUUUGGGUCAGUGUAAAACAAACAGUUUCUCGGCUUAUGCAAACCAAGAAUAAAACCAAUAUUGACAGAUGUUCAGAAGUCUUUCUAAAAGACUAUGGGAGUAGCGUUACCAUGGAUGUACGUGUGUAUAUAUAAUAUGAUGUGUACAUAAACCGAUCAUAAAGCUUGCUGUAAAGAGGAACCAGUCAUUCUUGUUGAUCACAGAUGUCCGAAUAAAGUUAUCAAGCAGAUAAUAUAUUAAAUUGGGAGAUCUCUUCCACAAUGGUCUAAUCCGAUUAAACAUUUCAAACAACACAGAAAAAUGUUAUAUGAAUGGUUUAUGGUUCCAACUAGGCUACACAAAUUUUCCCCAAUGCAUCUUUGCUUUGCUUUCAGAGGGAACUGUGAUACGCAUAUGAUGGCUCUGUUCAUGAAUCCAAUGGUUCUGGAAUUGCAAAAUAAUUGGAACCACCCUGUCUUUUGCCCUGCACUUAUUUUCUACUUUGUUUUACCACUGAUCACCCUUGGGAAUGCUGAAAUGUUUACUCUAGGUUUCCCACUAUAACAAUGUAUAGCUAGUGCGUAGAAAUCUCCCAUUACUACAAUACCAAUGAUAAUUAAAUCUACUGAUCGUCAAAGUAUUUACGACCUAAACUUCACAACAAUCGAUUUCCUUACUGGUUGUAUUUUCACAUGAAGACCAUGUGUGGGGUUCUGGAAUAGGUGAGACUACAAGCCUUUAAUUGUUACAACAUUGUAUUGUCAAUAAGUGAUCUUAUCAUAUUGUUUAGCAAGGAAAUGUGAUAAAUCCUCGUAAACAAAGACUGUCAAUUUGUAACGUGUGCCACUGUGUGGAAUUGUGAUCUACCCUCUAUUUAUUUAUCUAUUCUGUUCCCUUUCUUUAUUUUCUGAAAAAUUUAUAAGAUUUAAAAAAAAAGAUGAGUCAUUUUUUUUUGUAAUGAAAUUCAAAUUUUUCCCAAAAAAUACUUUUGUAACCACUUUAAAUAAAUCAUUACUACAUAUCCAGCCUUCUCGGUUUUGGCACCAGGGCAUCAUAAAGCGUUCUAAUCAGGAAUGCUGUCCGAUCCUAAUUAUAUAUCUCUCUCUCUAAUUUCUCGCUGUCUUUUCAUUCUCUCUCUCACAUCUCUCUUCUUUCUCUCCAAGGUUUUUUCCCCUUUCUUUUCGUUACGUUAAUCCUAUUAGAAUGUUUUUCUUUUCAAAUUAUACUGUAAAGUACUGUGAGGGACUAUAAAUAUAUCUCAACGUAUGUCCCCGGGGGAAGAGAAAAGCUUACUUUCCUUUACAGAGUGAAGAUAAUAAACAUCCUAAAUAAUCAAUUGGAAUGAUAUCAGUAGGAAAAAUGAAAAUACGGUGAAGGCAAAUUUCUUCUAUAAAUAACAUGAUAUGGCUUUUCAGGACUAAAUUGCAUCAACACCAGCAGAUGAUGAGUGAGCUAAUCUAGCACCAAGGCACAUUUUAUGAGCAAUUGUUUACAAAGCAAUUUUUGUUCCAGAGAAAAAAAAGUUUGAAGAAAAAACAAAUAAUUUAACAACGCUUAAUCUGACCAGUAUUUUUGGCAUAGCCUUUUUCUAAUCCUUAUAAGCUUACAUUCUAAUCUUUACUAAACUACUGCAUUCGGGAUCCAGACUAUAGUGGAUGGGUGUUGUGCUUGGCCCACUAGGAAUCUUGUCUGGAUUCCAAAGCUACACAGAAAAAAAGGGGAAUUGGGGACACAAUAUGACCAUAUGGUGCAACGGAAUCCACAUGUUUGUUUGACAAGCCAGGUUAUGUUAAGUAGCCUUUUAAAAUUAAAUUUUUUGAGUGCGUUGUUCCUUAAUCUGCAUUUUGUAUAAAUUUUGGUCUUUACGGCAGUACCAAUACUUAGAAAUGCAUUUUUCUGUUUAACCCCUUAACGCCGUUACGUCUUUCUAUGCCAUCCCGCAUUAAAAGGGCUUUAAAGCCGUUGCGGCGGCAUAGAACGCCGUAACGGCUUUCUGCCCCUGGAGGUCCGGUGGACUUACCUCCACCACAAUCCUCUUCGGGAGGGCUGCAUGACAGCCCAGGCAGCCCUCCCCCGGCAAAUGAGGCCCCUGGGGGCCAUGUGAUCGCUCUCAAAGAGCGAUCACAUGGCCCCCUGUGGAUCUGCCAGCAGGGGGACUGUCUAAAAUGUCAGACAGUCCCCCUGCUGGUGGGAAGAAUUAAAAAAAAUAAUUAGACGUGUAAAAUUAAAUGAGAAAUGUAUUUAUAUAUGUAUAAUAUAUGUAUAUCUAUUAUAUAUACAUAUUAUAUAUAUGUAACGUCAUACAAAGUGUAUUUUAAUAUUAAUAUAAGUACAUAUAUUAGUAUUAAAAUACACUUAGAAUGACAUUACAUAUAUAUAAUAUGUAUAUAUAUUAUAUAUAUAUAUAUAUGUAUAAUUACAAUAAUAAAUAAAUAAAAUAUUGAAACAACAUUUAAUAUAAAUUAUAUAUUCAUAUGUAAUUUCAUUCUAACUGUAUUUUGUUAUUAAUAUAUAUAUAUAUUGGUAACAAAAUACACUUAGAAUGACAUUAUAUAUAUAUAUAUAUAUAUCUAUAUAUAAAAUACAAAUAACCGCAAAUAUAUAUAUAUAUAUAGAUAAAUAUAUAUAUUUACAUAAAAGAUUACAUUAGUAUACACGUAGAAUUUAAAUACCUAUAAAUGCAUAUAUAAUAAAAUUCUACAUGUAUAUUUAAGUAAUCUUUUAACAUAAUUAUGUGAUUUGAUUAAUUCAAAUUUGAUUGACAUGCCUGACAACACAGGGAGAAAGUGCAGAGAAUUUAAUUCGCAAGGACUAUGUUUGACCCUGUAACUCUCCAAGACACCAUAAAACCUGUACAUAGGGGGUACUGUUUUACUCGGGAGACUUCGCUGAACUCAAAUAUUAGUGUUUCAAACUGGUAAAUGGUAUUACAACGAUGAUAUUUUAAGUAAAAGUGAAGUUUUUUGCAUUUUUUACAAACGAACGUCACUUUUAGUCUCGCGAGAAUAACAGUACCCCCCAUGUACAGGUUUUAUGGUGUUUUGGAAAGUUAGAGAGUCACAUAUAAGACUUGCAUUUAAUUUUUUUGACAUUGAAAUUUGCCAGAUUGGUUAUGUUGCCUUUGAGAGCGUAUGGUAGCUCAGGAAUGAGAAUUACCCCCAUGAUGGCAAACCAUUUGCAAAAGUAGACAACCCAAGGUAUUGCAAGUGGGGUAUGUCCAGUCUUUCUUAGUCACAAACACUGGUCAAAUAUUCGUUUUUUGCUUUUUUCACACAAAAACAAAUAUGAACGCUAACUUUGGCCAGUGUUUGUGACUAAGUGGCUACUAAAAAGUGGCUACUUUCAAUACCUUAGGUUGUCUACUUUUUCAAAUGGUAUGCCAUUAUGGGGGUAAUACUCAUUCCUGGGCUACCACACCGUCUCAAAGGUAACAUUACUAAUCAGGCAAAUUUCAAUUUGAAAAUGGAACGUUCUAUAUUUGACCCUCUUACUUUCCAAAACACCAUAAAACCUGUUAAUGGGGGGUACUGUUGUACUUGUGAGACAUCGCUGAUUACAAAUAUGUGCAUUUUUUUUGCAGUAAAACCUAACAGUAUUAUGACAUUCACAGCUAAAUUUUCAGACGGAAAUACAAAUUUAAAAAGAAAACAUUUUAUUAAAUUUUAUUUAGAAUAAAUUAUGUUCCAUAUAUGAAUAGUUCGUGAUAAAUUAAAGCCCUGUUUCUCCUGAACAAAAUGAUAUAUAAUAAGUGCGGGUGCACUUAAUGUGACAGUGGUGAAUUACGGGUGAACAGACAUAUAGCGCAAAUUCCAGUUUUUGUUUACGUUUUGUUUUGAUCAGAACGUGCACUAUUGACUCCGUCCUGAAGGGGUUAAAAUACAGGCCUAAAGAGCCAAAUUGGAAACAUUCAACAAGUCAGCUCUAUUUACAGUUUGGCUAUUUUGGUCUUUUGGCUAUUUUGGUCUUUUUUGGCUAUUUUGGUCUUAGAACUGAAAUUCACUCUGAAUUCAUAUUUAUUUCCCAACAAUUUAGCAGCACUCAUUGGCAAUUAAAAUGGACAUUUCUUGGUAGAAGUGGAUUUGUCCCUCUAAAUCCUUAUCUCUAUGAAUGAGAAUAAAAUUUACACUGUAUGACACUGACAGAACUACAGCCGGUGCGGCCAUCUGGUGGCUUGUACACUUACGGCUAUCUGAUGGGAAUGUUUCACUGGGGACCUGUUCUGUUGUUAAAGGGCCGCAGCACAUGACACUCAGUGACAGACAUACACACACAAACUGAUUUAACACACUGACAUACAGACACAUACACACACACAUUCUCUCACAUACUCAGAAAUUAUUAUAAGUUUUUUUUUGUAUUUAAGUCCACCCAUACUCCAUAACUUUGGGAGAGCUGGGGUUCAGUGUGGCUGCUGUGAUCUUCCUGCUCUGCUCCCUCAUGCACUGUUUAGUGAUGCCAGCACCAGACUGACGCAGCACGCACAAGGAAGCAGAGCAGCAAGAUUAUAGCUCCCUCGCCACCUCCUCCGGACAUCGCAGUUAUACGUUGGGGGGGGACUGAGUCCGCAGCCACUGAACAGGCUGACAAACACCCAGGCACCAGGACAAACGCGUGGGAUUUGUCGUGUCAUGAUGUUAAGGAUCUACAGAACACAAUCAUAAACAAACCCCCGACACAUUAUAUACCCCAAGAUAGUCCAUGGUUGAGCGCCUAAUCUGGGAAUAUAGCGCUUUGAUCCCUGGUUUGUAGAAGAAACGCGGAUAACAGUUCCAUGUGGAAGUAGCACUGGUCAGGGUGCUUACGGGCUGAUUCCUCCAAAACUGUCAAAUAUGCCCGUUCACAACAUGAAUCACACAUCCCCUGACAGAUCUUGAUUCCCCAAGGAUAUUGCCCAAAGAUUAGCCAGACUGGAAGUGCCAAGCCUGAGAGAUCAUUAAAUAAAGUUUUCACUGGGCACUGUUCACAUCUCAAUCUGGCGUGGAGUUCCAGGCUGUUCACGGCCAAGUGCUGGUCUUUAAAUGGGUGUCCUUGUGGGCUGGAAAAGAGAGGCCCCACUUGGCACUUAGGUAGCGAUUGUUGGAAACAUCCCCCUAUACCUCCCCUCCAAGUAGUGCUCUCUUAGGUGUCCGUAAAAGGAGGUAAAACAGUGGGUGAACUUAACCGGGUGGAUACUGGAGGCGAGGCCACAUUGAAGUUCCAGUAAAUCAGGGCUAGGGCCCGCUGACGAUAUGAUGCAGUUAGUCCAGCUUCAAUGGGUACUGCUAUCGAUCAAGAUAAGAGAGUGCUCCGAUUGAAAAUAUGGGAGGAGAGUGGAGGCGAGCCAAGGGAGAGAUAUAGUAUUUUGUUGAAGUGGUUGUAACGGAGUCCUACACCUGAAAUCUAUGAAAACAUGCAGUCAAUAUGAUAUAAACUUACAUCAGUGUGUGGUAGUUUUGGUGCUUAGAGUGCUCUUUUUUAAAGGGAAACUAUAGUGUUUGGAAAACAAAUUUGCACAAGGGGUUAAAAACCCCUUCUGUCACCUUAUUCUAAGUUCAGGAACCACCUCUGCUCUGCCACAUGAGCCAGUGGGUGGUGCCUAAUAGCACCACGCUUGCAUUAGGACUUCCCCCAUAGUAAAAAAGUAUUGCAUAUUGCUUUUAUGAGGGGCUUUGGGUGACGCUGGCUGUCCUCAUGCAUAGUGUGAGGACGUCCAGCGUGAGUUAGGCGACAAAAAGUCACCUAACAAUCAGAAUCGCCUCUAGUGGUUGUCUGGUAGACCGUCAUUAGAGCUGGAGUUAACCCUCAAAGGUAAUUAUUACAGUUGAUCAAAAACUGCUAUAAUUACAAUUGCAGGGACCUGGGACAGUGCACCCAGACCACUUCAAUAAGCUGAAGUGGUCUGGGUGCUUAUAGUGUCCCUUUAAUGUUUUGGAUUUUUUUAAUGUUUUUCAAAUUAAUUAUUUUUAAUAGUUUUUAAGUUUUUUAGGGUUUUUUUUUUUUCCAUGUUGGAAAUAAAGUAGAAUGAUUGCAAUUCAGCAAACAAUAUUUAAACAUAAUGUGCUUGUUUUAGUGAGUGUGCUAGAAUCCCCUGUGUGAAUUAAAUAGCUAGAUACUGGGGUGAGUGCUGCCUAGAAAUACAGAACAGAGGAGGAGUGUAGCAGGGACAGCCUGAAAAUUGAGGGGGAGAGACACAGAGAGAGAGACAUCUGACUUGAUAAAGGUUUAAAGUCCUGUGGAGCAGGUAAUGCAGAAAACAUGGGAGGGGAUCAGCCAAGAGGGCGGGGAACACACAUUCAGGAAGAAAGACAGGUGUUGACUUCCCUAAAUGAAUAUCAUGGGAGAUGUGGCCGUCUGUCCCUAGAUCCAAUCACAGAUCAGAGCGAUAGAUACAAUUGUGUUCGUUUCAUUGUAAUUGAACUGAAACCUAUGAUAGAGCGGGACACGUUAUUCACCUGCAGCAGGACAAGGGGGCACAAAGUGACAUCACCAGGUAAGACAAACUUUAUCCUUCUAUAUCUCAUAGAAAUCCCCCCUUACCUUAAAUAAGCCCCUCCGCCUAACUGGGUUAGUGAGUUACUGUGUCACUGCAUUUAAGAACCAGGUUUAUUACACAUCACUCUCAACCCCCCCUUAUUUCUCAGAGAACUUUGUUUUUGGUAACAUGGUAACAGUGUGACAGCAUAUUAACUUGAUGAUAAAGUUUCACUUUGAAUUAAAAGCUGUUUGUGUUGCUGUUCCAAUACCCUGGUUGUACUGUAUUUGAUGAGCAUUCUAAUAAAAUACUUUGCAGCCUUCAGUGUGAGGUUUGGACAGGUGGAAGUAGGAGUGCUAAGCCAACCAUGGUUAUUUUUCUGGACUCAUGUGACUAAUAGAAGGGGUUGGACAGCACAUGAAAAGUCCUGCCCUCUUGUAUCUAGGAUUUAAAUACUGCAGGAGAGAAAUAAAUUAAUGUUUUUAUAAAGGAGGAAUCCCAGAGAGGCUCUGCUUUAGUUAAGAGUCCUCCCCUGCAGUUUGUGAAUGCUACAUACAGCAGGGCAGAACUUUUCAUGUGUUUGCCUUCAGCAUGAAGUGAUGUGUUGCAUUAAACACAGUAGAUGUGGAAGCCCUGAGAGAACACAAUGCAGGAGUGAAGAUGGCUUUUAUUGAAUUGGAUAUUCGUUUUAUGAUCUGUUUUGGGGCUGGAUUCUAUUAGAUUGCUUAUCUAUUGUAUAAAAAUAGUAUUUUCACACUUAAUCAGAGAAUUCAGUGGGGAAAUGCUAUAAAUCACAAGAGAAAAGCCUCUUUAAUUUAAUAGAAUGUAAUAUAUAGAGAAUGUUCUAUGGCCUGCAGAUGACUUUUCCCUAAAAAACCUAAACUUGCUAACAUAUAAAAAUAUGGUGAGCUCAGUCCUUAUGUUUUAAAAUGUAAAGUUUCUCCAUCAAUUCCUGAAAAAGUAACGUUUACGAAUAGCCCUGUUGAAAUGUUGUUGCAGCUGUUUGUUUUGUUUUUUGUUUUUGUUUUGUUUUCCUCUAAACUGAUUUUAGCACGUCUUAGGUGAAUACAGCUUAGUCAGAAACUUUUUCCAGCUUAGAUUUUAUUUUUUAUUUUUCAAUUUGGCUAUAAUGACCUAAAACCUUCCUCUGUGAUGUCGAUUCUCCACAUUUCCUGGUUUAUUAAACAAACUCUGUUGUAUAGGUAAAUGUUUGUAUUCCCACUGUCUGCUCACCACAGUUUGUCACCCUGGCACACACUGAGGUCACUCUGAUAAUGUUAAAUUUACCCUUUUGCAUUAUCUGUGUCAACUUGGAUGUGUGUGUUUGGCUGAAAGUGCUGGGCAAACCAGCUCAUUGCACUUCCAGUCUAGUGUUACAGUCAAAGGAUGGACGAUUUCACACAUGUGUAACAUCCUCAUAGUUGGUACACCAGCAGAGGGGGCGGUCUCCCAGGGUCCGGGAGAGCCCCGCUUUGCAUAAAACUGCUCCAAAUGGGAUGGCACCCAUAGAUGUAUGGAACCAUUAACACUUAACCCCUAACGUUCGCUUGCUGAAGUGCUUUAUGUGUGAAGAGUGUGUCGUCUUUGUAAAAUGAAGAAGGGGGGGGAAAAGUGCGGAUUGCAAUAGAAAUUGGCACUUUUAUAAAUUAACCUGGUUACACCCUCCUGGCUGUCAAUCAGACAACUGUCCUGUUACUUCCUAGUUUGGUUAGCUCCGUAAAGAGGCAGGUAAUUACUCAAUUUCCACCUGCCUUAGAAAGACUUCUUAUUUAGCUACAUUGGGAAGACAUCCACAACGUUAAAACCUGGUGCCAGUGCUGGACAGGAUGGGUAAUUUUGGAUAAGGAAUGAAAAUUAGGAACUGUCUUUUACGAAAUAUGAAGCAGUUGGCAGGUAUUGCAUGUUGAUGUUUUUGUAGGAGCAGUUCAGCUUUGAAGUUGGCGUGUGUAUUGUUCAGACAGAUUUAGAAGAUUUUCUUUGCACCAUGUGCGAUAAUUUUAGGAUUAUUCGCAAGGCAGGUGUGGCUAUUGCUGUCCGUCUCAGUUAUUUAAUUUUAAAAUACUCUUCAAUUUCCUGUGUGUCUGAGCAGAUCAAGAGAACCUACACUGAUUGGGAUUCCUAAGGAUGGCUCUUAAACCAUUUAGAUUAGAAAAUAGACCCCCUGCUCUCAUAAACUUAUAACUACCAUGAUGCUUGGCCAACUGUAACCACAUACAAGGAAAUAUUACUCUCACAGACACCCUAACGUAUAUCAUCUAAGUUCUACUAAAAAAAAUACUUAAUCUGAGACUAUAGUAGCGUUUCUUGGCGGUGAGUCCGGGGCUUUUUUUUAAUAUACUUAUUUAAAAAAAAAAAACAUAACAAACUAAUUCAAACACACACAAUUGCCCAAAGAGACCGAGAGAGGAGAUAGGGAGACAGCUUGACCCUUUAUUAUGGUGUGCAUGGCUAUUGGGGGUUAUCAAAUAAGUUAUCAAUUCAAUCGUACAGGACUGAGUGACAGGGCGAACAAGAGAGCCCCCUACAGGCGGUGCUCUGACCGUGGUGCUAGGUUACUCUCAGGCAAGUAUUUAUUUUGUACGUGAACCGGAGUAUAUGACGUUCUAAUGUCAGUGUGCUGGCAGUGAAGUCAAUAAUUUGGCAUGAUCAGAGAGGGUUGCCAUGCUUUGAGAAGUAUCCUCAAGCAUCGCCAACUGUUUCAGAGAGCUGGCGGCAGGUAGGGUGAGUGUUAAAACAAUUUAACCACCACAGACAAAUGGCGGCGCUGGAGCAAGGGUAGCAUGUAGGUACAACUGUAAGAGAUCUAAAAGCAUAGAAAUAUAUCACUUGGUGACCGUGAACCUCAUAUGACAGGAUCACUUUAAAUGUUAUGGUUAUUUAAAAAAAAUCAAAAAAAAAAAUCAAUACGUUGCAUAAUAUUGAGUUGGGUAAUACCCCAGGACGUACUUGAAAACAAAAGGAAAAUGUCAUUGUAUCCAUCCUGUACCUUCAUAUUAUUGUUAUCAUGUUUUCCAUUCAGUUAAUGAUUUUUAUUUUAUUUUUUGUGUUCUUUUGUAAGCACACUAAAAGGCAACUGUUGCUAGUAACAUAUUUGAAGAGUUCUUCACGUGGGUCCUGAGGCCAAACACUUCAACAUCAUUAAAAAUAAUGUUACUUGUGAUGUUUUGGAAGAACCAAAUAGCUAAAUAAAAUUGUGUUGUGUGUUUUUUGUUUUUUUUUUGCUUUGUUUUUUUUUUUUUAUAAAUACUUUAUUUUUUUUUAAAAAUCUAUGUACUAUAAGUUACAGUAUAUGUUCCAGGGUUGAUACCUCAUUGGGCAGCUGCCUAGGAUGGUUAAAUUUCCAGUUUAUUUAACCCCUUAAGGACCAAACUUCUGGAAUAAAAGGGAAUCAUGACAUGUCACACAUGCCAUGUGUCCUUAAGGGGUUAUGAAACUGGUAAAAGGCUGACUGAGGAUCACGGCAAAUGCAGUUCACAAACAUCUGGUGAGCCGAUAACACGACUACCAUGUAGAGUUUCUGUUUUAUCUAGCUCCAUUCUAUUCUGAGAACUGUCUAUAUGUCUGCCGUUACUUGUCCUGUGAACGGGAACAAACUAUAAUGAUAUUGUUAGAACGUGUAACCUGGGUCACAUUCACCUGUCUCCAGCUUCCGAGCAACGAUGUUCUGACAGCUUCCUGCCAAUCAGACACGAGGAUAAAUAAGCUACAGUAAAUCGCAGGGAAUACAGUGAGAUAAUGAAUCCCCAGUACUCUCAAUUAGAUACAAACUUGCACACCUUGCUCCUGACAAUUUGUCUUCUUCAGGCACGUUCUUGUAGACAGAGAGCAAAACUGCCACGAACAAGACAUAAAUCAAAUCGGUUUCCGCGGGCUUCAAUGUUAUACGUUCAAUAAAUACAGUUAGUUUGCCAUGACCGUCCCAUGGGAUGAAAAUAAAGGAGAUUUUAAGAAUAAGGUCGGUGUAGGCCAAAAAAGUGCUAAAUUGAAACGGCACCCUAAAUGCCUCGUAACACGUAGAGCAGACAAUUGAUUGUUGGAUACUUUUAUUUGAGUGUGUUUUCAAUUUUUUUUUUUUUUUUAUAGCUGCAUUGAAAUGACCUUAGUGUUGCCUCCCUAAGGGCCAAAGCAGAAUUCCAGGUGAUGAGCUUGAGCUCACCGUGUUUGGAGACCUGUCAGAUACCUCUUCCUGACGAGGCCCACAGAGGCUGACCUGCUCAUCUGGGAUUUGCUGUGUCUUUAGUUAAGAGUAGAAUUUCAUAAAACUAUGAACCGAGGUUGUCAUUGCAGACAGGAUGGUCUGUUGUAUACAAUAGUAAUACUCUGAAAAGCACAAGCGAGGUCACAAUGACUGUUUGUUUUUCUUCAGAAAAUGGAUGGAUAUUUGGAUAGAAUGCUACUUUGAGGCAUAUUCACUUAGAUGAGUUUUCAGGAAUUUUACUUUUAGGCCAAAAAUAACCAAACUUCCAAAUCCGCUGUUUUUAGUUUGUCUGUUCUGGCCUAACAUUUGAAAUUCACUUUAAAUUUUCACCAGUUCAUCCUUUUGCAGACUAAAUGUAAGUGUUGAUUAUCUUCAGUUGAGCAUAAUUGGUAGUAUUUACUACACGGUAAUCACUAUAGAAUUUGUGUAUUUUGUUCUGCAAUGUUCCCAAAACUUUUUUCUUUAGUGAAUAAUAUCAAUAAUCAUGUCUUUAGGCAUGCCUUCUAACGUAAUGGAUGGGCCCACCUACAUAAAGGGGCAGGCCGCUUACUGGAGGGGUCUGCCUGACCCCCAACCUACACGACCACUCAGAGAGUGCUGCUGAAGGGCUCUCUGCAGGAUCCUAGUGCUAUUUACAUUGCGAGCAUGAUGUGCUGCCCUGAUGACAAUCUGGUGUCACUGAAUGCAGGACACCAGGGUACAAAAUCGGGAUGGUGGAACAAGACAUUGAAAUUAGGACUGUCCUGCUGAAAUUUAGAAUGUUGUGGGGUGGGGUGGGCUGGCAUUAAGAAGUGGUAAAUAUUCUUGCUUUGUUUAUAGAUGGAUAGAUAGUGAGUGAUAUAUAUCUCCUUGUCUGCGUUCACUUAUUUAAAUGCCAGGGUGUAAUUAAUCAGCACUCAGUGGGUUAACACAAGUUCCCAGUUCAGUCCAUGACCAUCUACUUUGAUCCCCACCUAAUGUAACAUUUCUGUUUACAAGUCACGCUCUCCUUUUAACACAUUUUGUUGAGGAAGGAUCUAUGUAAGUGUGUGUUUGCCAUGCUUGUUGGAGCGGUGCAAUGUCAACAAUCUUUUAUUUUCUGCUUGUUCUCGAUUCAUGGCUGAGAACCUCACAGUUGUAUUCUUGGCUGUUUGAUUCAUGCAUUUAACGCUGGGUGCGAAAGGGUAAAAUUCUAGAAACAGGAAUUCCUGUGACUCAGGGAGAGGUGUUGGAGAAGGAGUCAUGCUGUGAGUUGACAAACUUAUCGAUGAAGGCAAAAUCUAUAGUUUCGGCCUCUAACUAUAGACAGUGUAAAAUGCCAUCCGCUCUUAUUAAAGGUCCGAUAUGUUCUAAUUUAAUGUCGAACCCAAACCAAUCUUUAAAUGCCUUCAAGGAUACAAAAUACAAUAGUUAACAAUUAAAAGGACGUGUAAGUGCAGUUCAUACGUUUUGUUCAAUGCAUGUUAGGUUGAUUGUGUGUCUGAGACAACAAAGUGAGAUGAUAAAUCUGUAGAUUAUAGGUUUAACACGGGUGCAGUUAUUUAUUUUUUUUGGUUAUCAUCAAUAUUCAUAAGAACCUAUUUACGAAUACAAUUGGAAGCAUAUUCAUAAGAACCUAUUUACUAAUACAAUUGGCAUUACAAAAUAAGGCUGUUUGGAAUAUAAAUUGCAUUCCCUGAAUGUGAAGUGCAUAAGGGUUUAUAAAUUAGCUUGCAUUUUCACUGGAGACAUUCAUUAAAAAGGCAGUCAAGGGUUGCAAGUAUUUAGGGCUCUAAAUUUUCUUUUUCUUCCAUCUUUUCUAAGAUUUUUCUGUCCUUGUUGUUCAUGUCUUACCCUUUGUCUAAGUUUGGUUUCCUAAAAAAUAUACACACAACACACACCCCACCCCACUAGUUUAUAGCAUGUAGUAAUCCAAAACCCACUCUCAUUCUUCAGCAUUCAUAUUUAAAGGGACAUGUUUGGCCCCAGAACCAACACAGCUUAUUGAGGUGGUUAUGGUGUCAGGAUAACAUCUAUUUAGUCUUUCAUAGAAGUAAUUUAGCAAACUUUUCAAUGCAGAGCUUUAAAGCUGAGCUCGUAGUUCCGCAUACAAGUCCUGUCAGUCAAAGAGAUGGAAAUUGCACUUCCUUGUCUGCGAACGCACGGUGUGCUGACAUUAAGGACCUUUCAGGCACUGCAUCAUGGAAAAGAGCUCUUGCAAGUCCAGAGAGUGACAUGUCACUGUGAUGAAUGAUGCUGGGCACGCGAGGGACACUGUAAGGACCUCCACAUCAGCACUGAUGUUCCGACUGAUUUUGGUACGAGAACCAGGACAAAAUACAGCAUGGCACCAUAACUACUUCCGCAAGAUGAAACAGUUAUGCGGCCUAGGUUGUCCCUUUUUAAAAGGCUAUGUCAUCCUGAGCAGAAGCAUAUUUUAAUCUGAUACCCGCCUGUGGAGCAAUCCCAAAGAUUUCAAAACAUGGUGCUUUUAUAAAUACCCAAAAUAAGAAUCGUCGUAUUAGUCAGGUCUUGUAUUUGUAUAGUUUUUAAAUAAUUUCAUUGGCAUUGUGUAUACUAAGAACAUUUAUAGGGCACCUUGGUUCAACCAAGGGGCAUUUUACAUAAACACAUUAUAUUUAUAUUUAUAUAUACAGAAUGUUGGUCAAGGCCAAAGGCCUAUAUUAAUGGGAGGAGUUUGUCCUAUAAAAAUAUCCCCCCUCUUACUUUGGCCGUUCUAUUUCAGGUCAUCCCACCCACCUCGCACCUUUACAGGCCUACCGUCUUAUCACCACCACUAAUUGAUACAUACUACUAUUGUGUUUCCGACCAUAAAUAUAUAUCCCCUUUUAUGUAUGUGUGUGGGGGGGGAACAAGCAAAAAAAAAAAAUAUUUUCCCUGCAUAAAGAUUUCUGUAGUCUAAACUUACAUUCAUAAUUUGACAAAAGCAAUCUUUGCUCUGUGAAAUGUUGUAUUGCAGAAUGUAGUGGCUGUAAGUGUAACAUACACACCUUGUGUACUUAUCAUAACAAGUAGAUUUGCAUGAGUUUCUACCAGAAAACCCUUUUAUUCUGAUACCAGUUGAUGUUUAAUCUUUACAGAAUAGAAAAUCCUCUCAGUGCUGUCCGCAUUGUUUGGCACACUUACUCUGCAACCUAUUAUAUGGCCUCUUUAACAGCGACAAACUUCUGUGUACUUUGAAGUCAUUAAUAUACAAAUAAACACAUUAUGCCACAUCACAUGAUGAGGCCAAUAUGGUUAUGUAACUGCCUAAACAGGUCUGCUAUCAUCAUGGAGUAAACAUUGUAUUUUAAAUUUGCACACCUUCCAAGAUUUCAGAUGGACAAAGAGGAACACUUUUUUUUAAUUUAUUUUUAUUUAGGGGUGUGAGUGGGGGCGAGACCAGUUGCAGAACUCUUAGGUGACUUACUAAUAACAAUUUUUGCAAUUUAAAUGUAAUUUACAACAAGAACAAUGUAUCUUAUUUAUUGAGGUCUACAAACGUAUUUAUUAUUGAUGUGGAACUCUGUUAAACACUCAGACACAGCAACAACAUGGAGCUCCUUGAAAAGAGGGAUAGAUGGAUUUGGGUCCAAAAUAUGGACUGUCCUUCCUAAAUAGGGGCACUUGGAGGUAUGUUAAAGGGACAAUGGAAGCAUUAAAAUUUCUAAAUUAAACACUCUGUCCUGUAAGAUCUGAUGAAAAUACUUUUUUAUUUUUAUGGAGGCUGUAUGAGUUACAGACAGGGGAGGUAUUGUUUGGGCUACAGAAACAAAAGUAAUUUAACUCUUAAAUGACAGAGAAUUAAGCAGUGAGGCUGCAGGGACAUGAUCUAUACACCAAAACUGCCUAAUUAAACUAAAGUUGUUUUGAUACUUGGCGUUCCUUUAAAUCAGGUCCUGCGAAACCAUGGAAACCAGGUUGUAAUGACUUCUGAAAGUGUUCCUGGUCCUCUCUGAUUGAAAGCUAUAUGAUAUGCAGCAUUCCUGCAUCUUAAAGAGAUACUCUAGGUAGGCACUAUAACAAGUCUCACAUUGCUUAGUGCCCCCCUAGCCUUGUCCCACCAUUAAAUGUUAAACAGUGUUGAGCAGUUUAACACUGAAUAAGGGCCCCUAACCAUCCACUGCCCAGCCCCAACUGGAGGUAUGGCUAAAGCAAAGAUUGCUAAAAUCAAUUAGCAUGGAUAAGGAAGAGUGCAAUUAAUGGCUGACACUCUCAGCCAAUCACAGCCAUUGGUGCUCGUGCUAAUGCUUCCUCAUUAGCCCACGCAGCACAGAAAGGGCCAGCUAUAGCAGAUGCUUGUUUAGCAUUAAGCUAUUAAAAAUUAUUUAGCGCUGAAUGGAAAGACAAUGACAGGGGACGCCAGACACUGUAACCACUUCAGCGAUAUAAAGUGUUUACAUGCCUAGUGUCCCUUUAAGGCAUCAGGAUAGCACAAAUCUAAGGUCAAAAUUGAUAAACUGGAAACAUUCUCUAAGUCAUGUAUUCUGUUUGGUUCAGUAACUCUGGCCUUAAAUUUUAAAUUUUCUUAGAAUUCACUAUGAAUUUUUAAUGAAAAACCCUGUCUAUGUCCUGAAAACAGUUUAUCUACUUGACUGCUGACCAAUCCUCUCCCCCGUUGCCCUCAACAAAAACACAUGAGACCAGAAAUAUGGGUAAGGGCAAUGGCAACUGCUUUAUUAAUUUUACAACUUUUCAACGGACCAGCAUUCUAUCCAACUGUCAGCUGUUGGGUAACUUCCCCCAACAGACAGGUACCACUUCCUUGUCCAGAGUUCGUAUCAGCCUGCCUACCGCCAUCAGCCCACGGCAGGCUGCGACUCCCCAAGCCGACUCAUCGUUUCCCAUCACUUUCCAUUUCGCUGGCCAGGAGCACCGCCGGAGCUGUGACAAUGAGAAAAUAAAACCAGAACCACGAACAGAAACCAGCAACACUGUACCAAGAAACACCGGGAGGGUGGGAAAGAGUGAGGCUAGUUUGGAUAUUUUGAAAUUCACUUUCCACUUUAUUGAAUAACCCUGUAAGUCAGCUAUCCUUUCAGUUCAGCUAUUUUGGCUUGAAAUGUGAAAUUUAAAUUCUCCAUUUAGUACAUAACCCUGAGAGUUUCCGGAGCAGUGCAAGUUAGUAGUUGUGACGAAGUGCACUUCACCACUUGUGCCUGAAGAGGACUAAUUGCCAGCCUCUUGCCAUGUGACUAUGGCCCCUGGGAGACUUUGCCAGUUAAAAACACUAUUUGGACUUAUUGGUAUUUAAAAGACUGUUCUAGCCCUUUAAUUGGAACUGGCACAAUUCUGCACCUUUGAUUCCAUGGGAGAAUGUGCCUUUUCCUGUCCCAUUGUUCUCCAGCAGGGCGUUGUCCCAGGGGCACUGCCAGACCAGUUUAAGCUGGCUGCUUUGCCCCUCCUCAAUCUCUAUAUCAGCCCUUGCUAAACUUAAACCCCAUGGCGAUUUGACUGUGUUUGUGUAAUCUGAGAGCUGUUCGGAUAUAUUGAGCGACCAGGUCCAAGCUAUCUGAGGAUAGGUUGAAUGUGGGGGUUCUGUUCAGUAUGAUAGGAAUUAUGUAUUUUUGCUGUUGUUGUGAAUAGAGAAUUUUCUGUACCUGGAGAUAAUUGGCUUACCACACCCAAGCCAUGCUUGCAGUCGGUCAAAAAGGGCUUGCACCUAACUUUUAAACCACUGGAGGGAAUUGUCUGAAUUUGGAGUAUGCUGAUUCUGAAAAUGUAAGUUGUUUUUUGUUUUUUUUUAUGUGAAUGUGAUGUAUACGUUAUGAAUAUUGUGUAAAACUGUGUAUUUUCCUGCCUAUGAUAAUUACGUUAGCCCAUUAUGUUCAGUAAUUGUAUCAUGGGCAGAGGGGAGGAUUUUUGCUGGAAUGAAUGGGAGUGUUUGACUGUAUUGUAAUGUUUGAUUGGCUGUUCCACAAGACCAUGUGGGUGAUACUGUGUGUGUAAAAACUUGUAUAAAAGAAAGUCCUUCUAUUUAAUGCACACAAAACUGCUUGACCCUUUCUUGAAGCCUUGGCUCAUGCUUGGGGAUGGGAUAACUACACUCUGGGGAUUGCUAUAAUCAUACUAUACUCCCCAGGAUAAGCUCUUGUAAGAGCUGUUCUUGUUCCUGCUACGCUCUCUGGAGGCCUGCCCAUUGGAAACUGGAUCCUGGCCUUGGAUCCAGGGUGGGAGAAAGACAGCGAGACCCCAGCAAAGCUGCAUCGCUGGAAGUGGGGUCUGCAGUGCUGAUGCUGUCAGUUGGAGUCCUCGGCAAGCGCUAGGAGCAUCGAUUGGCGGAGGUACUCGGUCAGAGUGCCAGCGUUCCGUCACAGUAGUGUACAGAGAUUUAGGCUAAUCAGGUAGUGCUUUAGUGAGCAGCUUUACCCAAUGCACCUAUUUGUAUGAAACUCAUGUUUUUACACAAACCUAAUAUAAGAACUUUAGUUACAACUGCUUCUGUCAGUUAGGAAGGAAAGCAUAGGUGCCUCCCUUAAGGAAUAGUGACGGACAUUCAAUAAAGGGGUCAGGAGCUCUACACAAACUACGACACUGCUAUCUCAUUAGUCCAAGACAACUGGGAAAAUAACAAACCACACAAAAAGUGGUUCUUUCUAUGAAAGGCAUAACAAACUGUUUUUUAUUUUAUUUUAUUUUUUUUGUGUUAAUGUUUGUGGAUGUUUAAAUUUACCUGCUGGACUAAAUUUUCAACCCAGCAAUAACAGAGGGAGAAAAAAAGCAAUUCCUUUUAUUAACUUCAGACAAAUAAUAGCUGGUGAGUUGCAGACGGUGGGUAUUGAAAUAUUUAGGAGUCUGACUUAAAGGGACCUCUCUUUCAAACAUUAAUGAAGCUUAUCUUACAGAGACGAACAGUCAACCUGUUUGUACUCUAGUGUCUAGAUUCUGAAUAGGAGUACAUUUUAGGUCAUGAUUUUUUUGUUUUAGUAAUGGCAUAUCUACAAUUUAUAAAAGACCUAUGGUUUUUGACCAAUUCCCCUUUUACAAAUUAAGGCAACCACUUGCCUUUCAAUUUAUCUUAAGCGUGGAAUCCAGAUUAAUUGGGUGGCCUGUCAAUCAACUUCUAUUUUUCUGCCACUCAACAGGGCAAUAAACACCAUUUCUCUCCAACAUGGCGGUGGGCCUCCUGGAGCUUUAAAGGGACCAUGCCACUUAGUGGUGAGUGGUGUAACUUUAAUUCUUGCAUAAGCACAGGCUCUCUAUAACCCAUUGUGCACAUGUUCUAAAUCUAGGACAGGUUCAUAAAUCCUUGCCUUACUGUUUUUUGUAAUUUUCUAAACUGUCUCAAAGAAAUUUAAAAAUAAAUAAAUAAAUAAAACACAGGACAAUUGGACUGAGGGAGUGGCAAAGCAAGACUGUCAUUUCAAACGUAGGAAUGUCAGAAUCAAUGUCUGUCAUUUCUUAUUGCAUACUGGUCUGUGUUAGACACACAUCAGCAUAAAGUAAGAAAAAUAGAUGAGCUAGUCACGGAAAUUAUAAUCUAUAGAGAAUUGACUAGAGAAUGGCAAAUGUUAAGCUGAUAUUUCUGAAAACUCUCCAGCUGUGGUUCGGUUGCAAACUAUCCGCAAUGUUUGUUUUUGUGAAUAAACGAUGAUAUUUGGCUACAGACAGGUUAUAAUUCACACUCCCCUAGACUCCAAUAUAAAAGUAUAGAAGAAAGAACUACAUUGCAGGUGAUCAUAUAACCGAGGGCUCUGUUGAAGGAGAAAAAACGAUUGUAUAUCAUCGAAUCAUUAUGCAUGUCUGCUUGUCACGUGUUGGUGGCUGUUGUAAGCCACCUGUUAGACACAUGGAACUUGUUGCUAAAUGGCCAGGGACUGUUGAAAUGACAAAUUUUAGCCUAAAUUAGCAGAAUUGGAAAAAUUCUCCUGCUUAACUUUUAUAACUCCAGCUUAACUACCUUACACAUACAAUUUUUUUAUUUUAUUUUUUUUACAAAUAUAUAUUGUGAUAAGGUGAAUGGGGUGGUCUGUGAGGGAGUCUAUAUCUCGACAGAAUUGUUCAGAGAGGCAUAUGAUUUUUAACCCCAGGGGGAGUGUAUGUUUCUGUGUAUGUAACCAGAAUGAAUAUUUAGUUAUGGGCCCCUGGGGUGGAGCAUUUGGAGAGCAGGGUGGGCCAGUGCUCCACUCCGCAGUUUAGCGGUUUUCUUGGAAGACUUAGAUCCAGCCCAGGGUUUUGGACUGUCUCCAACCUACUGCUCAGCUGUAGGUAAUCGGCUGCAGCAGUGGGAAUAAAUCCCUCCCUGCUAGGCAGGUAAGGGAGAAUGUUUUGUUUCUCUCUGAAAGGCUGGAAGCAGCAGGCUGGCUAAAUACUGGAGUGCUGAGAGUGGACAAAGACUCUAGGUUGGUGAAACCACUAUUGUUUUGUUUAGUUUAACCCUGAGAGAUAGGGAACCUAAUGUCAGUUAGUGCUCAGAUGAGCCAGGUUUUUGUUUAUAGGGUUUUCUGUUACAUUUGUUUCAUUUACUGCUGUAUCCUGUGUGAACUUACAAAUAAAGUGCCUGGAGUAUUUGCAAUUACAAGGACUGUGCAUGUUUUUGCCCUAGAGGACCGUGCUACCUGCAAACAAGGAUCACAAUAUGGUGGAGAAUGCGGGCAUCGAUCCCGCUACCUCUCACCUGCCAAGCGAGCCCACAGAUUUAAUAAUUGGGCAUACGAUGUGAGUAAACCUACCAGAGCCCAGAUGUAUGGAUUGCUCAGGCUCGCUCAGAAGUGGCUGGAGCCAGAGCGCAACCCUGCUACCAAGAUAGUGGAAAUGGUUGUGAUGGACCGUUUUCUCAGACACCUGCCAACAGGACUGCGACAAUGGGUCUGCCAAGGGGACCCUCAGGAUCCAGAAGCAAUGAUGUGCCUGAUUGAGAGGUAUUUGGUUGCCAAAGAGCCAUACAGUAUUGAUCCUCAUCAGAAGUCCCGACCGGCUAACAACCGGAUAAGCGGGAAAGUGGGAAACAAAAGACAAAACUUUGUACCGAACCUUGAACCAUAUGACCGGGGUGGCAGAAGGUCCCCACCAGCUCCAUUACGGCUACAAGACCACGCUGAGGGACAACUCCAGUGCUUUAAAUGCCAUGAGCCUGGACAUUUUGCACGCAGCUGUCCAGAGAAUGAAGAGCCCAUGCAGUGUGAUGUAGGGACAAGGGCUCUGCAUAGGACUGUAUUGACUUGCUCAAAGAUGUGUGUGGUGACUAGUGCUAUUAAUGCAACGCAUUUAAUAAUGGUGAGGGUGGAAGGAAAGAAUGUACAAGCUCUAAUUGAUUCAGGGAGUGAGGUUACCUUGAUAAAAAGUUUUCUGCUCCAGCCAGGGAAAUUAGACACCAAACAAGUGAUUGAUAUUGUGUGUAUACAUGGUGACACCCACACAUACCCCACGGCAGAGGUUGUGUUUGGCACCAAGGUAGGGGAGGUUAAAUGCUCUGUAGGGGUAGUGCCCCUAUUACCGUAUGAUGUGGUAUUAGGGAGGGACUUUCCCCAUUUCUGCCGCCUAUGGGAAAAGUGCUCUGCUCAUCCAAAAAUGCGCUCUGAGGAGAGUGUAUAGAAAAUAUUUUUCCUUUCUCCGAUUUAGAAUGUGACGAGCAAGAGACACCCUUGGUGUGCCUGGGUAAUGAGGUAGAACCUCCCCAUACUGAAGACCCUAUCGAAGAAGUGGAGUUUCAGGAUCUCAGAGUCCCCCCUGGUAACUUCCGAGCAGCCCAAUGGGAAGAUAAGUCCUUGACAGCUGCAAGAGAGAAUGUGCAAAUAGUGGAGGGUACAAGGACGGACCCUGACAAGCCCUUGAGCUUUCCUUAUUUCAUGGUGAAAAUAAUCUGCUGUAUCGAGUAGAGGAAAAAGGGGGAAGAGGAGGCAGAACAGUUGUUAGUUCCCCAAUCUCACCGAAACACUGUUUUAAAACUAGCCCAUAGCCAUGUGUUAGGUGGGCACCUUGGUUUUGAAAAAACGAGGGAACGAAUUCUGACCCGAUUCUAUUGGCCAGGGGUAUUUUCGGCAAUAGAGAGGUUUUGUAAAUCCUGCCCAGAAUGCCAACUGAAAGCUCCGCAUAAGGGCUUCCGUAGUCCAUUGGUACCCCUUCCCAUCAUAGAGGUUCCAUUCGAAAGAAUAGCAAUGGACCUGAUAGGGCCGUUGCCUAGGUCCGCAAGAGGACAUCAGUACAUUUUAGUUGUUGUGGAUUAUGCAACACGGUAUCCAGAGGCAGUACCUCUACGGAAUGCCACCUCUAAAAAUGUUGCAAGGGAGUUACUGAUGAUGUUUAGCAGGAUGGGUAUACCUAAGGAAAUUCUCACAGAUCAGGGAACCCCUUUUAUGUCAAAAAUCAUGCGUGAUUUGUGCAAAUUGCUCAGAAUCAAGCAGCUGAAAACCUUGGUAUACCAUCCGCAAACUGAUGGAUUAGUGGAGAGGUUUAAUAAAACUCUAAAGGCUAUGCUGCGGAAGGUGAUGGACAAGGAUGGAAAAAAUUGGGAUUAUCUCAUACCCUACCUGAUGUUUUCUAUUAGAGAAGUCCCGCAAGCUUCCACAGGGUUCUCACCUUUCGAGUUAAUGUAUGGUAGGCAUCCAAGAGGCAUACUGGAUGUUGCCAAGGAAACAUGGGAACAAGAGCAAACCCCCCAUCACAGUCUUAUAGAGCAUGUAGCGCAAAUGCAAGAGCGGAUCGAAGCGGUAAUUCCCAUAGUUAGGGAAAACAUGGAAAAGGCCCAGAGAGCCCAACAAGCAAGCUAUAACCGGAACGCAAGGCUACGGGUCUUCAAACCAGGUGAUAGGGUUCUAGUUCUUGUUCCCACGGUAGAAAGCAAAUUCUUAGCCAGCUGGCAAGGGCCAUAUGAAAUCACUGAGCGGAUCAGUGACGUGAACUACAAAGUAAGACAGCCAGGCAGACGGAAGCCAGAACAGACAUAUCAUAUAAAUUUAUUGAAGCCAUGGGUAGAACGAGAGGUUCUCAUCGUGACCAGAGAUAAACCUACUCAAGCCACUCGUGAGCAGGGUCCGGAGGUGCAUGUCGCUGAUACUCUUGCCCCCCAUCAGAAACAGGAAGUCAGGGAGUUUGUGUCUAAAAAUAGGGAUGUGUUUUCCCCAAUACCAGGAAAAACGCAUAUAAUCAAGCAUGAUAUCCUAACUGAACCUGGGAAGAAGAUCAAUCUGAAGCCCUACAGGAUACCUGAGGCUAGACGUGAAGCGGUUAGUGCAGAGGUUAAAAAGAUGCUUGAGUUGGGGGUGAUUGAAGUAUCACAAAGUGAGUGGAACAACCCAAUUGUGUUAGUGCCCAAACCAAAUGGGGAAAUCCGUUUCUGUAAUGAUUUCCGUAAGCUAAAUGAUAUCUCUAAGUUUGAUGCCUACCCGAUGCCUCGUGUGGAUGAGCUAAUAGAGCGAUUAGGUAAGGCCAGAUAUCUGAGCACCUUGGACCUCACCAAGGGAUACUGGCAGGUACCCCUGACAGAGAAAGCAAAAGAGAAAACCGCGUUUUCUACCCCUGAUGGGUUGUUCCAAUAUAAAGUGCUGCCAUUUGGGUUGCAUGGUGCCCCAGCAACGUUUCAGCGUAUGAUGGAUAAGAUACUUCACCCCCACAGACAGUAUGCAGCCGCCUACCUGGAUGAUGUGGUGAUUCACAGUGCGGACUGGGAAACCCACUUGAUGAAGGUUCAGGCAGUUGUGGAUAGUAUAAGGGCUGCCGGUUUGACAGCUAACCCUGCUAAGUGUUCUUUAGGGCUAGAAGAAGCAAAAUAUCUGGGGUACACUAUCGGGCGGGGGCUCCUUAAACCACAAGAGAGCAAAGUAGCAGCCAUCACCAGUUGGCCACGUCCUGUAACUAAAAAGCAAGUCAGGGCUCUUUUAGGCUUAACCGGUUACUAUCGUAGGUUCAUCCCUGGGUACGCUACCAUUGCCAACCCAUUGACUGAACUUACUAAGGCAAAAGGCCCGAUUAUGGUUAAGUGGACCCCGGAAGCGGAGCAUGCCUUUCAAGUCUUGAAGGGAGCCUUGUGUGCUGACCCUGUUUUGGUGGCUCCAGAUUUCACUAAACCAUUUGUGGUACAGACCGAUGCGUCUGAUGUGGGCCUUGGCGCGGUUCUGUCCCAGGUACAUGAAGGAGAGGAACAUCCUGUCAUGUAUCUGAGCCGGAAAAUGAAUCCCCGUGAACAGAGGUACUCAGUAGUGGAAAAGGAAUGCCUGGCGAUAAAAUGGGCUUUAGAAUCCCUGAGAUAUUACUUACUGGGGAGAUGUUUUACACUGAUCACGGACCAUGCUCCUUUAACAUGGAUGAGGCAUAACAAAGAAAAGAAUGCCAGGGUGACUAGAUGGUUCCUAAGUCUUCAGCCUUACCAGUUUACUAUUGCUCACAGGGCCGGAACUGCCCAAGGUAAUGCGGAUGGCCUCUCCCGAGUUCACUGUUUAUGGUCCCAGGCCGCUCGCCCCGAUGGGUCUGAGCUGGGGAGGGGGAUAUGUGAUAAGGUGAAUGGGGUGGUCUGUGAGGGAGUCUAUAUCUCGACAGAAUUGUUCAGAGAGGCAUAUGAUUUUUAACCCCAGGGGGAGUGUAUGUUUCUGUGUAUGUAACCAGAAUGAAUAUUUAGUUAUGGGCCCCUGGGGUGGAGCAUUUGGAGAGCAGGGUGGGCCAGUGCUCCACUCCGCAGUUUAGCGGUUUUCUUGGAAGACUUAGAUCCAGCCCAGGGUUUUGGACUGUCUCCAACCUACUGCUCAGCUGUAGGUAAUCGGCUGCAGCAGUGGGAAUAAAUCCCUCCCUGCUAGGCAGGUAAGGAGAGAAUGUUUUGUUUCUCUCUGAAAGGCUGGAAGCAGCAGGCUGGCUAAAUACUGGAGUGCUGAGAGUGGACAAAGACUCUAGGUUGGUGAAACCACUAUUGUUUUGUUUAGUUUAACCCUGAGAGAUAGGGAACCUAAUGUCAGUUAGUGCUCAGACGAGCCAGGUUUUUGUUUAUAGGGUUUUCUGUUACAUUUGUUUCAUUUACUGCUGUAUCCUGUGUGAACUUACAAAUAAAGUGCCUGGAGUAUUUGCAAUUACAAGGACUGUGCAUGUUUUUGCCCUAGAGGACCGUGCUACCUGCAAACAAGGAUCACAAUAUAUAUAUAUAUAUAUAUAUAUAUAUAUAUGUAUAUAUGUAUGUAUGUAUGUAAUAUCAUACAUGGAUUGGUUUUCGUAUUCUACUAAACUUUGUCACUAUAUACUUGUUUUGUUUUUUCAACUGCGCUCCGGGCCAGAUUAAGAGCCCAGUGGGCCUGGUGCUGACAAUUAUGAUGGGCCUAGUUCCAAAAUUUUAUUGACCAAAAAUACUAAAACAGUCCUACUUCCUAAGCGUCAUGUAUAUAAUAGAGAUGGUGCUGGAGGGAAACUCAUAGGAUGCAGCUAUGAGAAAACACAUACCUACGCUUUCAUCUUCCAAGUAAACCCAUACCCCCUAAAAGCAGUGUCCAGUAAAGCAGGAAGUCUAUGGAUGGGGCAAAAUGGUGGGCCACUGACACAAAUCACAUAACCAGAACUGCCAAAAGGGGCGAACAUACACAAAAAGGGGGCAUGUCUGUGUCCCCAUGUCUCCCAGUCCCUUAGUGUCUGUGUCCCCAUGUCUCCCAGUGUCCCUGUGUUACUAGGGGACAUUGAGAGACAUUGGGACACCAAGAGACCUGGGGACACUGAGACUGUUGGGGAAACUGGGAGACAUGGGGACACUGGGUAACUUUGAGACAUGAGAGGACACUGGGAGACAUGGGGCACUGAGACACUGUGAUACAUAGGGCAGUGUUUUUCAACCACUGUUUCGAUGUUGCCUGGUGUGCCGUGGGAUGUCUGAUAUUCUGAUGUCCGGGCUGUGAUCAGUGCCGGACUGGCCCACUGUGAUACCGGGAAAUUUCCCGGUGGGCCACGGCACCUGGGGGCUGCGAGGGCACAUAUGUGCCACCGGGUGGCCGGUCCAGUGGCACACUGAGAGGGGGCCGGCCGCGUUCCAGACUAGAGCCGCCGGGCCGGGUGGCAGCUUCGCCGGUCCGGCGGCACUCCAGUCACUGGCUGCUGAUGGAGGAGGAGCCUGUCUACCAUGCUCCUUCGCGGUUCCACCGCGAGAGAGCAUGGUAGACAGGCUCCUCCUCCAUCAGCAGCCAGUGACUGGAGUGCCGCCGGACCGACGAAGCUGCCACCCGGCCCGGCGGCUCCAGCUGGAAUGCGGCCGGCCUGCCCCCAAUUUACCUUAGAGAAGGCAGGGGGCAUUCCAGGCCGAGAUUCCAGACUGGAAGGGGAGAGAUAGGGAAGGGGGGGUAGAGAGAAUAAAAGAGAGAGAGAAGGAAUAGAAGAGAGGAGAGGCACAGGGAAUAGGGAGGGGAGUGAUAGGGAGAACACAGGAAGGGGAGAGGGGGAGGACACAGGGAAAGGAGGGAGGAGAGAGAACAUAGGGGAGGGAGGGAGAGGGAGAGACAUAGGGAGGGAGGGAGAGGGGAGAACAUAGGGAGGGAGGGAGAGGGAGAACAUAGAGGGGAGGGGAGGGAGGGAGGAGAGGGGGGGAGGGAGAGGGGAGAGACAUAGGGGGGGAGGGAGAGGGGAGAGUGCCCCAUGUCUCCCAGGGCUCUCAGUCACCCAGUGUCCUCAUGUCUCUCAGUGCCCCCUAGUGUCUCAGUGUCCCCAUGUUGCCCAGUGUCCCCUAAUAUUUGUAUCACCAUGUCUCCCAGUGUCCCUUAGAGUCUGUGUCCCUAUGUCUCCCAGUGUCCCGAUGUCACUAAGACACUAGGGGAAACUUAGAGACACUGGGAGAGACAUGGGGACACUGAGAGACUAGGGACACUGAGAGACACCAGGGACACAUGGGGACACUGGGAGACAUGAGGACACUGGCUGGGAGACAUGGGGACACAGAGAUUAGGGGCCACUGUGUCCCUAGAGUCUCAGGGUCCCCAUGUUCCGCUGUGUCCCUAUGUCUACCAGUGGCCAUAAGAAAUACAUGAGAAAUACCUGGCAAUCCUAAUAGUAGUGUGUGUAAAAAAAUAAAAUAAAAAAAAUAAAAAUUAUUUUUAUAUAUAUAUAUUUUUUUAAUUUAAAAAAAAUCAAUGGGACUGGGCCUGGAGCUGCAGCUCCAUCAGCCCCUAUGUUAAUCCGGCACUGACUGCGCUGCCGAAUAUGUUGGUACUGUCUGUGUGACUGUGAUAUUUGUUUUAGCCUAAGUGUUGAAACUUUACGCUUCAAGCUUUAACUCUGUUAAUAAUUAGUUCAACAUUGCACGUUUCUACCUCCUAUAGCCUAAAAUGACAAAAUAAUGUAUUGUGUUUAUUCAGGGACACACGCGUUAAUCCACUAUAUUUAAAUUACCCAGAAUCCUCUCUGACAGACUGCUUUACUGACAGGUGUUGGUUAGUUUUGAAACGUGACACUGUGGCCCAUUGUUAUGGCUAUUCAGGUGUUUAUUGGAAAGCGAGCGCAUCAGGUUGUAGUUACGCAGAACUGAGUGUGGUAAGAGAGCUUUGGGGUGGAGGCGAAACUAAAUAAAGCACACAGACAAUUCAGAACUUCUAUAGUCUUGAUUUAACCUAUCAGCUGCCAAAGGUGAGCGCAUGUCCUUGUAGUGAAUAUGAAAAAACUAAACCGGGAAUUUCGAUAAAUCUCUGAAGUUUUGCAAAUGAAAUCCGAAUGGGGAAAAAAAAUUCUACAGUUUAGCCAUAGUCCUAACUAAGUUUUGACAUUGGGAUUUAAAUAACCCUGUAAAUUAAUUUUAUAUUCUAGACCGCAAUAGCGGAACUGGAAAUAAUUCUAAAAGUCUGCUAUGUUUUUCUAGCAAAUCUAUUUUUUUUUUUCUUAAAAUUUGAACUUCACUGUGAAUCCCUGACAAUUCUCACUUAAGUAAAAAAAAAAAAAAAACCUGAUUUAAACAUUGUAGUCGGAAAAGUUGAGAAAUAUACACUCUGUCCGGCUGUCUGCCAUAUAUUGAUCUGAAAUUGUGACAGAGAGAGAGAGCGAGACUUUUAUUUAUUUAUUUAUUUAUUUUUUUAAAUAUACUCUUUCAAACAAGUUCAUGGUGACACAUUGUCUACGUGUUCUCCUGAUGUGCAAAUAUUUGAGGGUUUCCAUUUUUUUUUAAAAGCGGCUAGCUAUCUUUGCAUAAACGUAUCAAUAUUGCUGGAACUGUAUAGCUCAAGGGUUAAAUCAGGGGCUGAUAAGCAGUUGGCCUGUUUUCACAGUGCCUGCCAAUGCCAUCCGGUUAUUUUUAUUUAAUUAUGUAUAGUGAAAUGGAGAAUACUGAUCCCAUCUUUUGUUCCUGUCACCUUCAUACAUUUUAAGAGCCAUGGCUACCUGACUCCAAUGCUUAGCCGAGUCCUACUUUAAAUGUCUGUGCCAUAUUUAUUAAUUUAUUGCACAUGUCCUAACCUGCAUAUCUCCUAAAGCGUUUUUUGUUUUUUUUGUUUUACAUCCUAAAUUUCUUUAUAAAGUGUCCCUUUUUUUUGUAGACUAUAAUAUUUAUUUCAUAGGUCACUCUUCGCUCUAAAAUUAGCUUAUUGCUAAGAAUCUUUGGGUCUUGUGUCAAUACCUGCCAUACAUUCCAAGUUAGGAAGGACAGUCCCUAUUUUGGGCCCAAAUUCCUCUGUCCCUCUUUUCUAGGAGCUCUGUUUGUGUUUCUGAGUGUAUAACAGAGCUCCACAGCAAUAAUACUCCCACUAAUGUAUCUUUAAACUACAAUGUGUUUAAUAAAUCCGCCUGUGUAAAUAAAAUACAUUGUACUUGUUUUAAAUGACAUUUUAGUUGCAUAAAUUAUUAGAAUGUCACCUAAAAUCUCUCAGAACAGCCCAUCCAUGGCUACUCUGCACUCACUCCCCUAAAAUGAGUGUCCCUCCUGGUGACUAGCCUGGCUGUGCCCCUUGGAUAAAGGAAAACCAUUAGACAUACAAAUUUGGGCAUCAAUGAGAGCCUUGGAACACUGAUGGUGGACACAUUGAUUUACACAUUAGAUAACCUACAGCAGAAGUACUAAGUAUGAGACGUUGCUUGCUUUGAAGCUUUGUUCCCGACGUCUUUCAUCCUAUCACACGAUUGUCCUGUAUUGUCCGGCUCUAGACCCCAGUCUCCUGUUUUUUCUCUUUCGCAAUGGCUCGGUUAUCUCACUGUGUGCUUCUUGUUUGACACCUGCUUCCAGCCCUGAUCAUUUUCCUAUCCCCUACUGCCCUUUUUACCUUUUGCUAUUUUUCUGCCUGUGUUUUCGGACCUCGUGCUCCCAGUCUGCCAUUCCGUAUCAGUGUCAGGCUCCUCAUCUAUUACUGAAAAAAAAAUCUUUCCAUUUUUAUCCAAAAUAUUUCAAUAAACAUAUAAUUAAGUAAACAUGUGCUUACGACAGUGUUUGUCAAUGAAUGUGUAACUCUUUAGAGCGUAUUCCUUUAAGGCUGUUUAUAUAGCGAAUGUGUAUCCAGAGGUUUUAGGAGAGGCAAAUUAUAGGAUUUACAAUAAUUAAGAGUUCAUUAAAGGGUUUUCAGGAGUAUCCAAUUACAUGCCAAACCUGAAAAGCUUGGCUGUCAAAAUGCGGCAUUUUGUUUAAACGGAAAUGGUUAUUACAUCACUAUAGCAUAGUUCAGAGCUGUGUAAUGUAUAUUCUGUCUGUUUCGGAGCCUCCAUUGCUUAUAUUCAAGUCCGUACAUAAAAAAUCUAGAGCUCAGUUUUUGGUAACUAAACUUAUAAUUUAUUUUAUUUAUGUUUUUCCAAAUCCAGAGGCCUGUUUAAACUAGAAAGAGUAAACCUCUUGAAGGAAACCUGUGUUAAUCAGUGUGAUCAACAAAUACAUUUCCAACCCUGUACCAUAGAGAACAGUUUUAUAUUGUGGAAUAUUUUUACAUUCUAUAUUCUGAAGCAGACACAUGUAGAUUACAAGCUCACAGUGACAUAGGUACAAUUUGUUGGUGACAGUUACCAGCAAGUAUGUGGAUAAAAAUAUAUUUGUACCAGUACUUUGUGUUUGAAAAAUUUCCUCCACACAAAACACGGUGCCCUGGACUGGAUGGGUCCAAUGUUUACUCAGGAAAAAUGCAUUAAAAUUACAUGAUUGGAAUCUCACUGUCCCCAGACUAACAACAUUCUUAAAAAUACUUUUAAAGGUGAACUCCACUGUCCAAAUAAAGAAAUUAAUAAAAUCACUGUUUAGUAGACGUACCUCCAAAGCAUCCAUUUAAUUUUGCAAUUUUUUAUUUUAUUGGGGGUACAUCGAGAAUCCGCUUGCAAAACCUGCAGAUCUCUUGACUGCAGCCUCUGCAAGUCCUCCCCUUCCAACCCCGCCCAGACUUUUUGUGGCUGUCCAAUCACAGACUUCCAAAUGCAGCUCAAUGACCAGUGCUUCAUGUGUUUUUAAGACUGUUAAAACAAAUAUAUACAUAGAGUGGUGCCAUGUCUGUGUCUUACACAAAACUGUAAAAAAACAAACAAACAAAAAAAAACAUAUAUCUUUUAGUCCACACUCCAUAUCCUAAUCUUCCCAAACAGAGCUGCUUAGCUUAAUAGCACAAACUGGUAAUAUAGAGAGGGCAACCAGAACAUAUCACUCACAUUGGAAAUUAUGGAGAUUGGCAUGGGGUACGUUUGUUCGGAGAUAAAAUAAUACCACUACCCCAAGAACAUAUGUUCCUCAUGGGUAUGAACUCCCUAAAAUGCUGUUGAACACGGGUGGGACUCGUACAUGGAGCUUUGAGAAGCUCUCAACAAUCCAGCUUUAUAAUUCGGGAGUUCAUGAUGACCGUGCUUAUACACCUCAUAACUCAUGUAUCUAGCCUUCCAUAUUCCACCUCAGAUACCCAAGUAUGACCCUGGGCAGUCAAUGCCCAACUUUACCCAAACAUGGAGCGUCUAGACCGUUUAUCCUUAUCAAAUGGAAUUUAAGGGUUAAGUAUAAUGUAGAUAGAACUAAGACCUGUUGGUCAUCUUAAUGUUUUUAUUCAGGCUGUGCUACAGGUAGGAAGUAGGAGCAUUUUACUGGAUCCUGUAUUUAAAUUAGAGGGACUCUCCAGUGCCAGGAAAACAUAUCCAUUUUCCUGGCACUGCAGAAUCCUGCAGUGCCCCCAUCCCAUGUUGCUGAGGGGGAUAAAACCCCUUCAGACACUUACCUGAAUCCAGCUGCAAUGUCCCUCUGCACUGGCUCAGGCCCGCCACUCUCCUCCCCCGUAGGCGGGGAAGACCUAAUGCGCGUGCGCACGGCCAUUGUGGUGCAUGGGCAUUAGACUAAUUAGAAUAAUGCUUAGGAAAGCCUUAUUCAGUGCUUUCGUGUUUUAAGAACCCAGAAAUCCCUCUAGUGGCUGUCUGAUAGACAGCCACUAGAGGAGGACUUAACACUGCAAGGCAAUUACUGCAGUUUAUUAAAACUAAUUACACUUGCAUGGUUAAGGGUAGUGGGAGUUGUCACCCAGACCACUCCAAUGGGCAGAAGUGGUUUGGGUGCCUGGAGUGUCCCUUUAAUGAAUGGCUUGCAUAGAAAUCCUGGCCUGGUCUCCCCCCUUUCAUUUUGCAAUGCCUGUGAGCAGCAGAUACCUGCAUCCCUCUAAGAGUAACUUUAACAUAGGUUUUCCAAUCUUUUUUAUGUUUUUUGUCUUGAAUAAAGUUAGAGAAGGCUUCUAUAAAUUAGAAACCUUAUGGCUCCAGAUGAAAUAUAAAGGUAACUUUAUUGGUACCAGGGGGAGUUUAUUAGGAUGAGAACACCAUUGGUGGUCCCCAAGGCAACUGCUCCAUUUAUGGAACUGUGUGUGCAAUUUAUAAAUAGUAUUUUAUUUUUAUAUGCCUUAAGCAAUCCGAGCUCUGGCUUCCAACUGAACUACAACAUUGAUAAUGCUUACAGUUUGAACAGUGACUGAAAGUAAAUAACACACAGCACUGUACGCGUGUACUGCCAUCCAUUCCAGGUUAUAGUGCUGUCAUCUGCAUCUCCGGGACAAUUCUCAAAAGUACAUCAAGAUUAUGGGAUUUGACAGGCUCUCGGCUAGGCAAGCCGUUUUCAAGGAAGACGAGUGUACUUCAGAGCUGUCCAUAAGCUCGUCAUCAGAUACACUUUUUUCCUCUGUUCAAAUAUGUCCCAACGUUCCAUAUGGACAAAGGCGGAUGCUUUAAUUUUAGAAGUGCAAGAGGGGGUGUGACCAGGGGCAGGGCUGUUUCUGAGAAACCUUAGGUGAUUUACUAAUAACAAUUUAUGGAACUAUGUAGCACAAGAACAAUGUAUCUUAUUUACACAGACUGAGUUCUAAACACAUUAUUGUAGUUUAAAGACACAUUACUGUGAAUAUUAUUGCUGUGGAGCUUUGUUAUACACUCGGGCACACCAGCAAUAUGGAGCGCCUAGAAAUGAGGGACAGAGGGAUUUGGUGCAAAAAGGGACUGUCCCUACUAAAUCGGGACACUUGGGAGGUAUCUGAAUCCCCAAAUUGUGUAUGUGUGUAUGGUGUUUGUUUCUGUGUGUGUUAAAGGACCACUAUAGUGCCAGGAAAACAUACUCUUUUUCCUGGCAACAUAGUGCCCUGAGGGUGCCCCCACUCAAUGAGACAGCCACUAGAGGCUGGAUUAACCCUAGUGUAAACAGAGCAGUUUCUCUGAAACUGCUAUGUUUAUAGAAAAAAGGGUUAAUCCUAGCUGGACCUGGCACCCAGACCACUUCAUUAAGCUGAAGUGGUCUGGGUGCCUAGAGUGGUCCUUUAAGCAUUACAGAAUGUUUAUGUGCUGUUAUAGUCUGCAAUCACAGCCCGCAGCUACAGCCAAGGGCAGGCCCGGACUGGCCAUCGGGCAUACCGGGCAAAUGCCCGGUGGGCCACGAUGGCCGUGGGGCCGAGGCCGGCAGGGGAUCUCCCUGGCCGGCCCCUGCAGGGCCAGCGCUAUCCGAGCGCCGGCCCUGCUGUGUGCCUCCAUGGGCCGGUGGGGAGAUCAAAGAUCUCCCUCACCGGCCCAGAGGCAUGGAGAUGCGGCCGCCGGCUGGGUGAGGGAGGGAGGGAGGGAGGAGAGAGGACCUGGCAGAGCUCUAACAAGCAGCUCCGCCGGUCCUCUCGCGGGAUUCUGAGUGUUGCCGCGGCAACGCUCAGAUCUCGCGAGAGUGAACUCUAACCUGCAGGUUAGAGUUCACUCUCACCACUGGACCACCAGGGAAGGAUGGCAGAACGGCUCCCCUCCCUCCAUGGCAGAACGGAUCUCCCCCCCCCUCCCAGGAUAAAGGUAAGAAGGGAGGGGGGGAAAUAAUUUUUUUAUUUUUUUUUUUAUUAGUAAAAAAAAUAUAUGUAAAUUUAAAUAAAAAAUACAUUCACUCACACACACACACAGCACCCCCAGACACAGCCCCAGACACACACAGCACCCCCCAGACACACACAGCACCCCCGAGACACAGCACCCCCGAGACACAGCACCCCGAGAGACAGGCACCCCCAGACAGACACAGCACCCCCAGACAGACACAGACACAGCACCCCAGACACACACAGCACCCCCAGACAGACACAGCACCACCCCAGACACAGCAGCACCCCAGACAGACACAGCAGCACCCCAGACAGAGCACCCCCAGACAGACAGCAGCACCCCCAGACAGACACAGCAGCACCCCCAGACACACAGCACCCCCCAGACACACAGCACACACACACACACACACACACACACACACACUGGGUCCUUUACACAGUAGAUCUCCUACACACACACACUACAUUCCUUGUCAGCAAACACAGCCCGUAUGCACACACUCACUACAUCCCCUAUAACACUAUGCCCCCUAUACACACACUCUCUACAGCCCCUAGCCACACAUAUUACACCACAAACACAAAUUAAAUUGACCUAUUUAUGCAUUACCACACCACACUCUACACACACACAAUCCCACAAGCAGGCUCCAAACAUAUGCACCAUGCACUUUCCUGGACCUUUUGUCCUCUGGUAUCCCACUUGUGGAGACACCAGAGACAAUUUAAAAGCAAACACAGCGCAAGCAUGUUAUUUCAUUUGCUUCCUCUGCGCAGAACAAAUUCAGGGCCUUUUUCUAAUGCCAGAGCUCUUCAGCAGGGCUCUGCGCAUUGAACCAACAUGCUCACUUUGAGAGGGGGCGUGUUGUCAUUAGUGAUGACAAAACACACACUCUCUGGCCCCGCCCCCUUCUUAGGAGGCCGCUCUGAUUGAAAAAUGCCCGGGCCAAAUUUUUUUUCCCAGUCCGGCCCUGGCCAAGGGCAAGCUUUUACCUUGAAGGCUAGUACAACCGUAUGGUCUGUUUUGUGACCAAGCAUCCUGCAUUCUUGCCGUAUUACUGAGAUUAAUAAUAGAGAGCAGAAAACAAUGGUGCUUUAAGGCUGCACCCUGCAACCCCUGUAUACUUGUGAUGUUGAUGCAGUUUUCCACCUGCCACAUUUUCCAGCCUAACCCUGGCGAUUGCAUGGUCGUAUUGUUGUGGGAAGCGAUGUUUUAAACUUGUUUUGGAUAUUUACUUUUUACUUGUGACCUUUUAAUUUCUUUGUGAUUUCCUGGUUAGUAUCUUAUGGGAUGCCAGAGGCAUAAAACAAGUUAACACCAGGGCAGGUUUCUUAAUGCAAGUUAAAUAUUUACAGCCUUUGGACAUGAUUUAGAGAAACCUUCUGGCACCUGUUUUAGUUUAGCACUUACAAACAGGGAUUGGCAGUGUCUGGUGAGCCAGCAGGGUUUUUUGUAAUAAAAGGGUCGGCUAUGCAGACACACACACACACACACACACACACACACCCACACACACCCCAACAUACACACACACACGCACACACCCCAACACACUCGAAACUUAAAUAAUCUAAAAAUAAGAACCAUUUCAAUAAUUCUUACCAUUGUGUUUACGUAUUUGGCUAAACUACACACAGUUGGCAUGAGAUGAUAUCUAGAGGUCUAAAAGGAAGAUUUCAGCAGUGAACACUUCAAGCACCAUAACCACUUCAUCUCGCACAAAAAUUAUUUUUUAUUAGGAAAUGUUACUUAUGCACCAACAGUUAAAGUGAUUUUGUCGUGGAAAAUAUUGGCCACUUUAUUGUCAGUCAUUUUACCGAUGCAGUGUGCCAGCCAUUUGACUAGCAAAUCUACAUAUGUAGAAUAAUUAAAAAAUUAAAUACAGACUUGCGUGAUGUUUAACAGUAGCUGGUGGUUGAACUUGUAUCUACAGGUCUGGCCAUCUUGGAGGUGAAAUAGUGUUCGGCAAGAAUACAUUUUUAUCCUCUGCUACUUGUAUGAAGCUGACAUGGUCAUACGAUAAUUUUGUGGGAUUUUUUUACCUUUUUUAUUAUUCCUUAAAAAAAAAUACAAUUCAGAAUCUAACUUUAAUAUUAAGAUAUUUAAAUUAGGUUCUUGCAUAUAAAUUAUUUUAGAAAACACUUUUUAAUUCUAAAAAUACUUUUUUAAACAAAAAAAAUCAUCUUUUUUUAUUGCAUUCCUUUGAAAAUUCGUCUUCUUUCUAUAGUAAAACUAGCUUUUAGUCUUUUUAGCUUUUAAAAUAAUUUUUUUUUUUCUGGAGUAGAACUAGUGUUUAGUUUUUUUGUUUUAGUUUUUUAUGCUGUCAUUCUGUAUAUUUCAGUAAGCUCUUCCCCCUUCUUGGUUGCACAUUUUCUUCUUUCCUAUCCUUUCUGGGCUUGUCCUGUGUCUCAUGAUACCUGGAACUUACCUUUGGCCUCUGACUUUACACAGAUGAAUAAUAUCACAGGAAGCAUGUCUUCAUCCCCAGUCACAAACGGAACGAUGAACGAAACAUUGAGACUGUCCACUCUACCCACCCUUAUAAACGUGUACAGUCUAGAGACAGACGGUUCCUCCCAGCUCAGGGAUUCUGCUAACAACACGGUAUCUGGUGACCAAUUAUUCCUGACUACAGCCGCUGCUAAAGGGAUUUCGGGAGUGUUCGUUUGGACCGCUCUGCUCCUGACAUGUCACCAGGUAAGAUCAUUUUAUCUGGACUACGGGGAUCUAUGUAAUAUGUAAGAUAACUAAAUAUGUGGGGGGCAGAUUUAUUAAGGCAAAGCAAGUGCAAUUUUGCUAAAAGUAGACAUACAUUGGGAGAGAUUUAUCAAUGUUUUGUUCUAAAAGUGGUGCCCCAGAACGUUUCCUGUUUUGCCUUGUUAAAUCUCCAUUACGGUGUCUUAUAUUGUCUUCCAGGCAUCACUAAACCUCCAAAACUGUGUAAUCUUAUUGACAGAUAGCAUUUGGUUUUAAGAAUUUGAGUCAAGCCUCCCUCACAGACAUGCGCAAACACAAAAAUAAAAAUGAUAUGCUUGUGGUUCUUUUUUCAGUGAAUCCAAAGAAAAAAGUUCAAUCCUUUUUUACCGUGACACUUAUUGCUGUGGAACUCUGUGAUAAAUUGAUAAAUCUCAGACACCAGUGAGCUCUGUUACAAAUUCAUACACGACAGUUAUUCCUGUAAAUUCUAUUGCUAGGGAGCUCUGUGAUUCAUUCAUAAACACCAAGUGUAUUACACGGUUUUAUUACUGGAGCUCUGUGAUAAACUCAGACACAAUGCACAUUGCUGUGAGUUUAUUGCUCCUGGAGCUCUGUGAUACUCAUUCACACUGCACAUUGCUGAGCAUUUUAUUUUGAAGGCAGCAUGGUGUUACCCACACACAGCACACCACUGCAAAGAUAAAAUCAAUGUAUCCUGUAUUUUAUUAGCCCUUACACAUGUUGCAAAAGAGGUUACUUUGUCAAAAGUGUAAACUUUGUCGGCAUAAAACUGACAAAUGAGUUAUAACUCCCAAAAAUCCAUACUGCACCCAUAAAACAUUGCUUAUGGGAUAAGCUUAGCCAUGCUAAACUAAGUGAGUAUCAUGAUUGUCUUAGUCACUUCCUGGUUUGUAGAGAGCUUGCGUUUUACCGCAAAUUCAGGCACUGCAAACCAUAAGUGAUGAUGGUGCCUGAAGUUUGCUGGGCAGCAUUUUGAUCUGAAAUGUUGCACAUAUGGAAUUUAACCAUUUUGCCGCCGAAGUUGUAUCUCCACCUUCAGCAGCAUCCAUAGGCGUGCGCAGCCUAUUGCAUUAGGGUGUGCACCCUAAAGCACAAGCGCACACCAUAUAUAUAUAUAUAUAUAUAUUUAUAUAUAUAUAUAUAUACACACACUGCUGUGUGGGUGCUGUUAGUGUGCUAUGUGGGUGAGGGUGUUUGUGUGUGCGCACUUGUGAGGGUGCUGUUAAUGUGCUGUGUGUGUGUGUUUGUUAGGGUCCUGUUUGUGUUUGUGAGGGUACUGUUAGUGUCCUGUGUGUGUGUGUGGGGGGGGGAUGCUAUUUGUGUGCUGUGUGUUUGUGAGGAUGCUGUGUGUUUGUGAGGGGGUGCUGUAUGUGUGUGUGUGGGGGGGUGGUGUGUGUGUGGGUUGUGUGUAGGUGCUCUGUAUGUGUGUUGGUGCUGUGUGUGUCUGUGGGUGCUGUAUGUGUGUAGGUGCUGUGUGUGUGGGUACAUUACUUAAUAUCCCCCCUCCCUUCUCACCUUAUGUAGGUAGGGGGAAUCCUUCCUUGCUGCCUUCCCUGGUGGUCCAGUGGUGAGUGAACUCUAGCCUACAGGGCUAGAGUUCACUCUCGCAAGAUCUGAGCAUUGCCGCGGCAACGCUCAGAUCUCGCCGAGAGGAACCCGGCGGAGCUGCCGGCAAUAGCUCCCCGGGUCCUCUCCUGCCUCCCUCCAUGCCUGUAGGUCGGUGGGAAAGGAGGCUGAGAGCAGAGCCGGCGCUCAGAUAGCGCCGGCUCUGCAUGAGCCAACAGGGGAGAUCCUGAGAUCUUCUCUGCCGGUCUUACUCCAUAGGCGUGCCGCGGGGAUUAGGGUGUGCCUAGGCACAACAGGCACACCCUGUGUGCACGCCUAUGGAUCACUGGGGCAUUAUUAGCCGUAGGUCUAUGCUUUGAGUUGCAUUCAUUGGCUGAGAGCGGUCAGCUGACACUCUCAGCCAGUGAAUGGCUGACUAGAUCGGCAUUAGGCUUCUGCAGCUCUGCGUGUUACAUGCAAUAGAGGACCUUUGGUGGCUGGUGGGGGCCAAGUUAAGAGGGCAAAUGGUUGCAAACAGUUUGCCCAAUUAACGGGAAAUGGGCCAAGAUCCUACUAGUAUCAAAAACCCUACAGCAGGCUGUAGUGGUUAUGGUGCUUUGAGUAACAUUUUAACUCCGGCAGUGAUGUACAAACGGCACAUUUGGCACUGCAAGAGACAAUUCUAAGUGUGCAUGUUCACGUACAGAAUUGGUCUUUCCAACUUACCUCCACUGUUCAGUUUACUUCUGGAAAUGCUGUAAGUGAUCUUCCAGUCUGGAGAGUCCCUUUCCCGCUUCCCCUUUUUCUCACAACAUUUUGUGAGUUUUGCUGACACGUUAAGUCUUCACUCCUAUCAAAGGAUCUUGAUAACACAAUAUGGAUGCAAUUUAAUUUUAGCAAAGGAUCAUGGAGAAAUGUAAACUGACAUACUUAAAACUAAUAAAGUGCAGUUUUACUCAUUAUAAUACUAUACUCUAGUAUUUUAUUAUCUUCAGUUUGGGAUAAAAAAAAAAUAUAAAAUGUAUUUUACUUACCCCUUUUCCAGCGCCAAGACUUCCUCGCAUUGCUGACCUCUCCACCUCCUGAAAGUACAUUGAGGAGGCAUCACCUCCUCUCCGAUUGUUCAAAACAACAAUCCUGAUAAGGGAGAAUCAACUGCCUCUGCAUUGCGAGAGCCGUGACUGCGCCAAAGCUUUCCAAGCUUAUACGGGCCAUGCCACGGAAGCGCCCUCAUACUGACAGCCACUAAAGGUGGACUUAACCCUACAAUUUAAACAUUGCAGUAAAAAAAAAAAAAUAAAAGUGAAAAAUCUGCAGUGUUACACAUUACAUGGUUAAAAUGAUGGGGCCACUGCACCCAGGCCAGUGCAUUGAGAUGACGUGGCCUGGGUGUCUUUAGUGUCUUUUUAGAAUUUAAAAAAAAAAUUUUUUUUACCAUUACGGAGACAGUCCCUUCGAUGCAGCUUCAUUUGCCUCUACUGAGAUCAUCAUGAUUGAGUGAUCUCCAGUUCCUACAUAAAGAGGCAGUGAGCAACUAGGGUUUGUUCAUUGCAAUUGGUUCUACCAAUAAAAUAUACAGAGAAGCCUUGAUUUUUAAUGCUUAUCUAUAUUUCCUUCUAUGAAAAGAUAUUUAAAGAGAAUGAGGCAGGAAACCCUCUCAAUUAUCUGACAGAUGGAGAGUGUAAUAGACGAUUUUUCAUGAAAGUGUCACCUUCUCUUGAAAUAAGAACUUUUAUAAUAUAAGAAAAAUGAGACCUUUAGCUAAGCUGAAGUGUUUUUUGGGAUUGUCCAACAGUUCUGUUUUAACUAAAGGUUCCUUUAAACUAUGUUUUGGGUAGAUUUGCAAUAAUUCAUUUUCCUUUGCUUCUUUUCUUCAAAGUAUAAGUGUGUAUGUCCUACUGUGACUGCAAGGAAAACCCACCUUAUUGUACCUUGCAAGCAUGUAGUCUGUGACAGCAGUUUAAGUGGGUCUUCUCAUAUCCGUGCACCUGAGCACUUUAUGUUAGAGGAAAGUACUUCGAAUUGUUUAAAAAUACCAGACUACCAUCUACAGUGCAAUCUUGACUCUGCAAUCUCAUGGUUAGAAAAAAAUAAAUAAAUAUAUAUUGUGAAUUACAGCUUUUAGGCCAAAAUAGACAAGUAUGAAAAGUUCUCUUGCCCCGCUACAUUACCAGGUUGCCUAUCGUGCUUAUAAUGUAUAAUUCCCUUGUCGAUUAUCGGUAAUUCCUGGUUUAGUGAAUAAAGCACGGAACAGAAAUAACUUAAGCAGUUUGCUUAGAAGUCAUCAUCCAAUGCUGGUUAAGUAUUCCGAUUUACCUAAUAUUCCUGUGUGAUUUUUAUUUUUAUUUUUUCCCCAUAAUAAUGUUGCUGUAACAAGGUUGCGUUGUUAUCUAAACGAAGAAAAACCUUAUGCUACAGGUAGAUUAGAUAGUUAUCGUUCCAGGGCUUAUGCGAUUGGGCGGAAAAGGCUGAGAGCACGGGAUUUAUUGUCCAUUACUCAUUAGUGAUCAUGUUCCAAGAGAUAUCUCCAUCUGUCACAUACCCAAAUUAUGUUUGAUCAGGGAAAUGACCCUUGUCCUCUGUGCUAACCGCCUUAUGUCUCUCUCUCUGCUCAGUCCAGCUCCGCGUAUUGAUUGCUCCAAACACUGAUAAUGGAAAAGUACUUGCUAGAUCAUUGUAACAGAUCACAUUCUCUAAUGUAACGGUGAGAUCACUGCGACAUGGUUAAUGGUUAUCAAAAAAAAUUAAAAAUGUUUCUCAUUCUCUUUGCAGAUCUAUGUUCAUCUAAGGAAUUACACCAUCCCCAACGAGCAACGCUACAUCAUCCGGAUCUUGUUCAUUGUUCCGAUUUACUCCUUUGAUUCUUGGCUCAGCCUGUUGUUCAUUGGCAAUGAUCAAUACUAUGUAUAUUUUGAUUCAGUCAGAGAUUGCUAUGAAGGUAAAGUCGUGGUGCACAUUUGACAUCUGUAUGCGGAUUUGAUUUAUCAUGACAUUAUUCCUUCCUCUGCUUCAGGUCCACCACUACAUGAUUAUUAGCGUGGGUGCAAGACUAUUUUGCACGCUAGGAAAGACCAGCAACUUGCACCCCUUCCCACCCCAAAAUUUGUUUGAAGAAAUUGCCUACUUUGUGUGUCUUUUUCUCCCCCAAGUCCUUUGUGUGUCUUUUUUUUUUUUUUUUCUUUCCCCUGGACCAUUCUGUGUCUCUUCCUCCCUAAUCCCUCUGUGUGUCUCUUUUGUCCCUCUCAGCCCUCUGUGUGUUGCUUUGUCCCUCUCAACCCUCUGUGUGUUGCUUUGUCUACCCCAGCUCCUCUGUGUGUCUUUUUGCCCCCUGUCACUUUGUGGUUCCCCACCCUCCCAAGUCAGUUGCCUCCCGUGUAGCGAGGCCAAGAAGCAGGCAACAGUAUAGGAACACUUGUAACCUCUACCCGGUCUGAUAGGAAGCAUGCGGCGUUCCCUGCUCAUAUUUCCUGUCAGACUAGGUAGGGGAUAUAGAAGCCCCUCUAACGCGGUCCAAGACUGGGCCACACUACAUGCUGUGACCGGCAGGAGGGGAGCCCUGACGGACACCCGAAGACUGCUCCCCUCGUGCCCGUGCAUCCUUGGCGGCUGCCAAGUUCGCCUAGUGGUCGCGCCGGACCAAAUAUCAUUCUAUGCAUUGUGGGACGUGUAGUUCACAUCACAUGUGACAUCCCAAUGUUAAGUAUGGCUGAAGCACUAAAGCAGAAAGACUAUCGGAAUACUGUGCUAACAUUUGUUUAUCCACAAAUGUAUUAAAGAUAUUUUAAUAACCUAUUUGCUCAUACAGAAUUUAUAGGCCCCAACGUGGAGUGAAAUGCACACGUUUCUUUGUCACUUGGCAACACAUGUUAAACAAGAUCUAUUUCUGCAAUGUUCUCAAAUGGAACAAUGGAAGGACCGUGUCAAUUCAUGGAUAUGUUUAUGGUGACAGUAAAAUUAAUAACACACAGUUUGUUGUGGGUAAAACAGUUUCUUAUCUGAUUUUGUAAGGUAGUAUUGGAAACUAGCAGAAAAUGUUACCAUACUUGUUGUAAAAUGUGUUCAAGGUGUCUGAUGUCUCACUCUUAUUUUCACAGCGUUUGUCAUCUAUAGCUUCCUCAGCCUCUGCUUUGAAUAUCUGGGAGGAGAAAGUGCCAUAAUGACAGAGAUUCGGGGGAAGCCAGUAAGGUGAGGUUUUCCUCCUCAUUACUUUAUGUAUAGAGUAUUUAUUGAUAUUUGCUGUCAGCAGGGCCAGAUUCCUAUUUAAAGGGCAGUCUCAUUAGAAUGGCACCAUGUUGUCACUGCAUUGAAAAUAUUUAUAUUUCACAAUGUCCUUUGUAAUGCAGGACUCACUGCUUCACCCAGUGCUGUAAUGACGCAGGUUACAGGAGUUUACCCUAUGAAGUAGGAGGUUCUGAUAAACCGUAAAAAUGUCAUAUAUGAAAUACUGCUUUUUAAAAGGAUUUUGUAUUAGAACAGAUUUACGGUUAGGGUGGGUUUGGGGUUAAAUAGGACUUUUAAUUACUGCCCAUUUUGAAGACCGGUACCCUGUGACCUUGAACCCCAAAAUCCUACUGCACAGAUAGCUGUGUACCCAACACUUUAAUAGCAUUCAUUAUUCUUACCAGCACUUUUAAUGAUGUUUGUAACGUUGCUAAACUUGAGAUGUUUGACAUUAGGUGGAGUUUCUGAGUAAAGAUGUAGCCUAGUAAUAUAUUUUUAAAUGCAGCGCUCUUUUGAAUAAAAUUAUAGUUUCAGUGUUGUUUAAGCAGUGCCUGGCAUUUAAUAUGCCCAGUUUUUAUAGGAAACGGAAGGUUGACCAUUAAAUGUAGCCAGGACAAUAGGAAGCAAUGAGUAAAUAUAUUUGAUGCUUGCAGACCCUACGUCUUGUUCCAUACAGUAUCUGUGUGUGCUUUUACAUUGCCCUGUGUAGCUAAGCCAGGCUGCAGUAGCACAAGUACCUCUCAGAUUUGCACACAUUUUAUGGAGUGCUGGACAUUGGCAUCUCCUUGAACACUGGAGAGCCAGCAAUGUUGGCAGCCAUAGGGUUAUUUUAUAAUCUAGAAGUGACUGGGUGCCGUGUAACAAACCUCAAUACACCUGUGAUUAUUCACUAAAGUGAGAAUUCAAGGUGAAUUUCAAAUUUAAGGCUAAAAUUGCCAAACUGAAAACAGUGAUUUGUAGAUUAUUAUUUUUUUUUCAAAUUCAGUCCUUUUAGCCUAAAUUUUGAAACUAACUUUAAUGUCUAUUAAUUCUCACUUUAGUAAAUAACCCUGUUAGAAAUCCAGAAAUGAUCACCAACUAAGUACCAUUCUGGAUCUCACCAUUAGAUUCAAUGAUCUGAUCUAUCACAAUUAAACUGUGUGAUCUAUGAACCUUAUGUAUGAGGUUUGCCAUUGACCCACACACUUGUAUCAUUUGGUCUGCAUUGUCCUGUACAGAAGGCAAGUUGGGUUACUGGAAAUGAACAACAAGAAGGAAAUGGUUCCUUAUGUACAGUUAAUAAUUCUGGUCACGGUUGCUUAAUGUCUGUUUCUUCCACCCAGGUCCAGCUGUUAUUAUGGUACCUGUUGUCUGCAAGGAAUGUCAUACUCCAUAGGCUUUCUACGGUUCUGCAAACAGGUGGGUCACACAUGAGUGGUAAUUUCAGAGACUUAACCAGAACCACGAGAAACCUUGAUGGCUUUAUGUAGCAAGCAAUUGUGGAACAAAGAUUGAUAAGUAAAGUAAUCACCAUGGAAACCAAUGGAAUGCUACUUCUGAUUGAUCACAAAAAGAAGGUGCAAGAGAAUAUUGAGAACAGACCAUGGCUCAAGUAGUUUGCCCUUCGGUGGGUCCCCGCUCAGAUCUCAAGCUAGUUUUAGCUCAUCUUGUGACAUUAUAAAAAGAACCAGGACCAUUUGCAUAUCGGUCUUAUUCCACUCAAAUUGGCGGUCCAGAUAUGAAAUUCAGGCAGACUCUUUCUUUCUGCACGAGGGAUACAGCAACCCCAGAAGGUCUUGUUAGUCUUGUCAUUGAGGUAUAGCCAAUAUUCCUCUAGACAGUGUGAGCAAAGGGUCCACGUCUAGAUUACCCUUUAGGAAGACCACUCUUGAUUGCUCCACUAUAGAAUGUUGCUGUAAGAACUGCUCUUAAAACAGAAUCACCAUCAAUCUCUCUUCAAUGAGCCUUGUAUUGUAUGUACUUGGUAAAUAAAACAAAAUAGCAACAUUUAUGGAGCAGAAUAUCUCAUCAACACCUGUCCACAUCUUCUAGUAAUUCCAUUUAGGUUAAAAACCAAAAGACCAUGUAUAAUGCAGCUUGUAUGGGGACUGUUUUAGUCAUUAAGUUUAGAACCCUUCCGAAACAGGAUAAAUCUUUUAAAACUGUGCUAUUUUACUGAAUUGUUUACCCACCCUAUCUGUAGUAAACGUGUGUAUGCAUGCACUAACUACUAUAUGUCUCUAAAAAGACCCAACACAUCAAUCUCAUGUAUUUAUUUUUUACAGGCCACUUUGCAGUUCUGUAUAGUGAAACCCAUCAUGGCAGUUGUAACAAUUAUCCUGCAAGCAUUUGGGAAAUAUAGAGAUGGGGACUUUAAGUAAGUAACGGUGCUUUCAGUUUUAUAGGAUUUGGUAUUUCGGGAUGGUUUUGUGUUUUUUUUUUUGUUUUGUUUUUUUUUUGGAGGGACAUGAAUAUAAUUAGUUGCUGUAAAUAUUAUUUGUCUCUCGAUCCUAAUUGACUUGUUCACUAAAUUGCAAAUGGCAAAUUUUUGGGCCAAAAACAAAUCAAACAAUCUUAUAGGCAUGUGCAUGGGGAAAAUUUUCGGUUCAGUUCGACAUUCCGAAAUUCGGAAUUUCGGGACUUCGGCAAUUCGGGACUUCUCUUGCAGCCACUUAGUAGAUAACUCUCUCUAAUUCCGAUUGUAAAAAUUACUUAGUAUUCGUAAAUUUUGCUAUACCGCGAGUAGGGGCAUGUCUAUUAAACAGUGAGCAGCCUGUGUGUGUGUGUGUGUGUGUGUGUGUGUGUGUAUAUAUACACACACACACACUGUCUAGGUGUAUUUUACUAUUAAAAUAUAUUAUCACAUUACACGUAGACUUAUACUGAUUAAAUAUAUAUAAUUAUUGUUAUAUAUAUAUAUAUUACAAAAAAUGUAAAUACGUUAAAAAUAAAAAAAAUUAAAAAAAAUAUAUAGGUGUGUUAUUUCGUUCUAACUGUAUUGUGAUAUUAAUAUAUAUUUAUAUCAAAAUACAUGUAGAACGAAAUAUAUAUCUAUAUAUACAUAAAUAUAUACGUAUAUAUCACUAUAUAUACACCUAUAUAUAAAUAAAAAUAUUUAAAAAUUUUUUUAUAUAUAUAUAUUUAUAUUUAUGUAAUAUUUUUACAUAAUUAGGGAUCUUAAUUACAAUUAGCGUGACCUGCCUGACAACCCAUGCCGAAAGUAUAGGGAAUUUAAUUUGCUAGCAUGUUACCCUAUAACUUUCCAAGACACCAUAAAACCUGUACAUGAGGGUUACUGUUUUACUCGGGAGACUUCGCUGAACACAAAUAUUAAUGUUUCAAAACCGUAAAAUGUAUUACAACGAUGAUGUCGCCAGUAAAAGUGAAGUUUUUUGCAUUUUUCACACACAAACCGCACUUACACGGACGAUAUUAUUGCUGUGAUACUUUUUACUGUUUUGAAACACAAAUAUUUGUGUUCAGCGAAGUCUCCCGAGUACAACAGUACCCCUCAUGUACAGGUUUUAUGGUGUUUUCAAAAGUUACAUUGUCAAAUAUAAGGCUUGUGUUUCAUUUUUUUCAGAUUAAAAUUUGCCAGAUUGGUUACGUUGCCUUUGAGACCCUAUGGUAGCCCAAGAAUGAAAACUACCCCUAUGAUGGCAUACCAUUUGCAAUAGUAGACAACCCAAUGUAUUGCAAAUGGGGUAUGUCCAGUCUUUUUUAGUAGCCACUUACUCACAAACACUGGCCAAAACUGGCGGUUUUUUGCAUUUUUCACACACAAACAAAUACUAACGCUAAAUUUGGCCAGUGUUUGUGACCAAAUGGCUACUAAAAAAGACCGGACAUACCCCAUUUGCAAUACCUUGGGUUGUCUACUAUUGCAAAUGGUAUGCCAUUAUGGGUGUAAAUUUAAUUCCUGGGCUACUAUACAGUCUCAAAGGCAACGUAACCAAUCUGGCGAAUUUCAAUUUCAAAUGUAACGUGCUAUAUUUGACCCUGUAACUUCCCAAAACACCAUAAAACCUGUACAUAGGGGGUACUGUUUUACACGUGAGAGUUUGCUGAAUACAAAUAUGUGUAUUUUAUUGCAGUAAAAGCAAACCGUAUUAUGACAUUGACAGUUAAAAUGUGAUGUAGAACUAAAAAAAUAACAUAAUUUCUUAUUCUCUCCCAUUUUCAUAUUAAAUAGUUUCAUAGCUAAAUAUUUGAUAUUAAAUGAAAGCCCUGUUUCCCCUGAAUAAAAUGACAUAUAAUAAGGGUGGGUGCAUUUAAUAUGAAAGAGGUGAAUUACGGUUGGACAGACAUAUAGCGCAAAUGCCACGUUUUGUUUUGUUCACAACGUGUACAUUUGGCUCACUCCUUAAGGGGUUAAUAGACAUGCCCCUACUCGUGGUAUAGCAAGUAGGGGCAUAAUUUACUAAUACUAAGUAAUCUUUACUUAGUAUUAGUAUAUUUGGCUGAAAGACCAAUUUAGGUCUAUCAGCCUUUUAGUAGAUAGCUCCCUGAUACCGUGGGAAUUAGGGAGUUAUCUACUUAUUCAUUCCUGUCAUUACAUUGACAGGUUAAGUAACUUACAUUUUAUAUGAAUGUUUGUUACUUGUUUGUUGUAAGUGUUGCAAAUGCUUACAGCUGAAUCCUGGCUAUGUUUGUAUAUUUUUUAUUUAACAUUGUAUAUAGUGUAACAUUCUAGAUUAUUCCAUUGGGUAAGUAUAUUAGUUCUUAGGCAAUGCUGUGCUUCCGAACUUCGACAUUUCGGGACUUCGGCAAUUCGGUAACUAAUCUAUUCGGACAUUUGGAAGUACCCGAAUGUCUGAAUUUCCCGAAAUUCGUCCGAAUUCACAUUCGGACCGAAGCGAAUUGCACAUGUCUACAAUCUUACUGUGCACCUUUUCUAGUUUGGCCUUUUUGUUCCAUAGUUAAUGGCCUCAGCACCUUGAGAGGUGUAUCAUAAAUGAUAAUAAAAUGAUAACAAACGCAACCCUACUUUGAUCUCCUAUAACAUUUCCCUCACCUUUGUUCUUUGAUCUCAUUUUUGUUUCUCUAAAAAUAAAAAUGAUGCAUGGUUAUUCACUUUUUUUUUUUUUAUUGAAUUCAAAGUUAAUUUCUAAUUUCAUGCCAAGAUAUCCAAUACUAUAGUACAGUAUCCAAUAUUCUGAUAACAGGGGGCUAUUCAGCUAUUCUAUAUCUCUAUGCAUUUCGGCUGUUUUGAUAUUUGUUAGCAAAAUUAUUUAAAUUCACUCUGAAUUCCUGAAUAAAGGAAUAUUUAGAGGAAAGCAGUAUUCACCUCUUGGAGUACCUCGGAUAUAAGACCAGGUUUGAUUGCAGUAGACCUUGAGUUCCACAUAUCCUAUGUGACAGAUCUUCUGUUAUUACCUGAUCGUUAUCACCAGUGGUGCAUUUGGGUCAACUGUUUGAGUGAUUUAGACAGUAAGAAAAGUGAAAAAUAUAAUUUAUUUAUUUUUUGCAUAAAAUUUUAAUUUGCAUGUGACAUCAUCUUCCUCUUUAUUGCAGUGUUCAGACUGGUUAUCUCUACAUUACCAUCAUCUACAAUUUCUCGGUUAGCUUGGCACUCUAUGCCCUAUUUCUCUUCUAUUUUGCCACUAAAGACCUACUGCGUCCUUUUGAGCCGGUUCUCAAGUUUCUCACCAUCAAAGCAGUCAUCUUCCUAUCAUUUUGGCAAGGUUGGUAAAAGCAAUCUGUGGAUAGACAAUUUAUGUUAAACAGGUCCUUUUUUUUUAGAUAUGGUUCUAGGGUGUUCAUGGAGGAAAAUCUCUUGAGAAAAAGGAAGUUUUAACAUCUGACUACCAUGAUGCGAAACAAUAUUGUUUUACAUCACCUGCAUAUUUUAAGUUGGACUUAAUUGGAAAGCCUUUCUUGGGUAUAAAAACUUGAGAAAUGAUGUAUCCACAACUAUACCAGAGUUCCUAGCUUGACAUGCAAAUGAGCAGACAUUGUGUUUCGGACUUCAUACUGCGUUUAUGUAGAUAUCCUUAAUAAUAAACACAGUUUUAAGCACAGUUUAUUUUUAAGUCAAAGCAAAAGCAUCAGUGACCAUAAACCAUCCAUGGACUGCAGUUUCAGCCUUGUGGGACUCGUCAGCAUGGCAUGUGCCCUGCUGUAGAUGUUAAAGUAUCACUAAGAGCAUAUAGAUAGGUUUGCUAGGUACCAAAAAGAUUGUAAGGAGACCAGGCAUGAUACAACGCCUUAUAGUGCAAAUACAAAAAAUAUAUAUAUUUCCUCAUAGAAACUCCAUAGCUAUUAGGGUUUCCAGUUUGACAUGCUAAUGAGCAUAGACAGGAAUUGUUUCAAUAUGCAUGGAUUUAAAUAACUUCUUUUCGAUUUUUUUUAUUUUUUUUUAUUUAUUUUUUUAUUUUAUUUUUUUAUGCCAUGUCUUCUUCCUCGGAAAGGGUGUUCACACAUAUAUGACUGUAUGUGAUUUAUUUAUUUUUUCCUAUUUGUUUUUAUUAUUUUUUUUAUAAUUCUCUUCAAUAUAAUGUGUGGCCCCAUAUUUCACAAGACCUGCGUUGGCUUAAAAGGGAAACUACAGAAGCCAUUGAGAAGAUUAUCAAGACAGUGAGGGAUAUGUACAAAAAUGUUCUAUUCUAAAUAGUGGUGCAAAAAAUGUAAAAAGGGGAGGAGUCGUAAAUGGAAUGUGUGUGCUGGUUCCAUUGGUUUCCAUGGUGACUGACCAGUUUUAGAACACAACUCUGUUAAAGGAUCCACAAAAUACUAAAAAAGGAACAAUCACCAUGGAAACCAAUAGAACGUGUCUCAAUAUUUAGCUCUUUGCUCCCAGAAUGCAAAGUGCCUUGAUAAAUUAUCUUCAUCUCCUAUUAUCUUUAUUUAUUAAAUACAUAGUUUGAGAGAGGUGUUAUAUUUUUUAUUGAAUUGGUUCCUCUCCCAUCUGUGACAUCAAUAUGUUCACCAUUUGAAAAUUAAGUACUACAAAGGAGGAAAAAAUAAUUUGCAUACAUUAUCACAAGUGAGAAAGUAGUGAAAGAGGUCAAACUAAAAUUUAUUUUAAAUUUAUUUUAUUUUAUUUUAUUUUAUUUUAUUCCAAUAUAAUGUAGAGGCCCCAUUUAUAUUCAAGUUUAUAAAAUUCUCAAAGCAAAGAUUGCACAGCCAGGUAACAAGUGCUUGGCUUAUCUAAUCUGCCCAUUAUGAAACAUAGUUUAAUAUUUAGUCUUCAGGAUAGCUUUAUGCACAUCCUGAGUAUUAUUCAAUUAUUUUAGUGGUGUUUACGCACCAUCAACCAAAUUGCAGUGAAUUGCAAAAUUAAGGCAAACAAAGUGCAGAUUUAGGAAAGAUCCCCAGUUGAGCCAUCGUCAUGGCUUGAAUGUUGGAGAUUAAACUUAGCAAGUUAGUUUUCAAUUAAUUACAUUUGGUGAUAACCCCCACUGUGUCUACUGGUCCACCUGUAGGAGUUUCUGGAUAUAUAUAUAUAUAUAUAUAUAUAUAUAUAUAUAUAUACUACCCUUUCUGCAAAGUAGGAUUUUCUCAAAUGAAAAACACUAAUUUGCACACAUUACAAAUUGCAUAUAGAGCUGAAAGAAGUAACAUUAUUUAGAUUUUUUUUUUAAAGCCAAUAUAAUGCAGAGACCCUUUUAAUCUUCUAUCGAUCAUGUCCUCUUUUGGUCUAGUACUAUAAUAAGUGUUUUAAAGUGACUAUAAAGUUACUCUUUGGGGCCUGCUAUAUACCCUUUUGUGCAUCAGGGAGUGUCCAAAAGGUGUUUAUAGAAUAUUCUCUCCCAUGUUGCUUUGCAAUAUACCUUUGGGCCACCUUUUACGUAGAAUAAAGAAGACAAUCACCAUUCAUGGUCAUAUGGCAGUGCUCCUAACCUUCCCAUUUUCUACAGGAAUGCUUCUGGCUAUUUUGGAACGGUGUGGCGUCAUCCCAGAAGUCCAAAUCAUUAACAACAAAACAGUUGGCGCGGGCACGGUGGCAGCCGGCUGCCAGAACUUUAUCAUCUGUAUUGAAAUGCUAUUUGCUGCCAUUGCUUUGCGUUACGCCUUCACGUGCCAGGUUUACCGGGAAAAAAAGGAAAAUUCAACAGGUAACAGCAAAUGUAUAGAAAGGAAAAAUGCAAUUAUUUGUUCUCUAUUUUUUAUUUAUCAAAAUGAUUUUAUGUAUAUUUUUUUGUAAUAACAAUAUGUUCCUUAGAAGGUUUUAAAAUUAGGUAAAUACGACAGAUUAUACUGUCAUGAUUUAUUCAACAAAAAUAAAGCCAAAAUGGAGAAGCCAUGUGUGAAACACUUAGACUAAGACUGUGUAUAUAAAUAAAUAGUGGGCACCCUUUUAGUAGAUUAUAGAAAUUGGAAUAUUGUCAGGAUUAAUCACAAUAAAUGAGUGUGAAUUGUUUGGAAUACAAACUCGAUUUCAAAAUUUAGACAAGUAGCUGAAUUUGAAGAAGUCUUCAACUACGUUGGCAUAUAAUCUGAAUUUUACUUUGAAUUCUCAACAAUUUACACUUUAAGUUUUAACAUGUGUAGUUUUUCUUCAGUGGAUAUACAUUUGCCUUAUAGGGUUUCUCCAACUUGUUUUUUUAUUUUUUAUUUUUUAACCUGUGAAAAAUGCCCUUCUGUCAUCAUUCAUCAGGGUCCUACCUCUGAAUGCUUGAAAAGCAUUUUAAACGAAGGUUUUACUUCAUUCCAGCGCCGAGCGACGCUCUCGACACAUCCCAAACUAUGAAAUCGUUUCAUCAGGAUUCACAGACUUGUGAAAAAGUUAUAAGAAUUGUUUGUGAUCACUGGCACUGCCAUAGGCAACAGCAUAUAUUCCUCAUGCACAUGCCAGCUGUAUAGCUUUAUUGUAAAAUUUCUUAUUGGUGGUCAAUACAUUAUACUUGCCAGCAGAGGGUGCUGUUACUAGCCUUAAAAAAACUUACCGUAAAUGCAAAUAUCACAUCCAAAAAUGGAUGAAUUUUCUUAUUUUAUUUUAAGACUUACUAUUUUUCUUUUAUAAUCAUCCUUCUAUUGCUCAUCAGUAGGUUUAUACUAGGUAGGUAAAUCUCAAGUCCCUGCAAUGGUGAGCUGGUGGCAACAGUUUAUAAAAAUGAGUCACAUUUUGCAGUAGACAUCAGUCAUAAUUUUUCAAAACUAUUAGAUUAACCUCUGUAGAUUAUAUACAUAAUAUAAAGAGGGUGCUUAAUCCCUGUGGAUUAUAUACAUAAUAGAAAGAGAGUACUUAAUCCCUGUGGAUUAAAUACAAAUUAUAAAGAGUGCCUAAUCCGUGUGUCCCUUAUGAUAUCCCCACAAACUGCUCUGAAGAGGACAUUGUGUGUCCAGUGCUCUGGUUUGAAACUGCUAAAUAUGUGUACAAUAUAAAAGCCUCUCUGUGUCACGGGAGUCCUACCCCAACACACAGGAAAGAGGAAACCCACAAAAGGUGUGUUACCGAGCCUUAGAAUGGCUGGACUUAACGUAUAAAUACAACAAGAAACAGGAUCAAGAUAGGUAAGUAUUAUAUUCGGGCCGCGUGGCCAGAGGAGCGGCGCGUGCGCCGGGUAAAGGUAACUUUUUGUGACACUCUGUCACUUCAAGAACUUUAAUUCAUUCCAGAUAACAUAUUUUACUUACCAGAUGAAGAGAGGUAGAUGGGGUGUAUUACUAUUAGGGGAGGAGCAUUGAGAUAGGUUGGUGUCUUGGGGUUUGGAAACCCCUAUCUACUAAAUGCAAGGGGAGAUGGGGGUGUUGGCACUGUCCUACCAGGGGACCGAAUCCUGUUGUCUGCCGUGGCACUGAAAUUACUUUAGUACGCAUGCUUUGUUGGGCUUCUCAGUUAUUUAUGUAUAUUUAGAUAUCUGCUAAUAUUGCAUGAAUAUAGAUAUCCAGUCUGAAAGGAAUUGUUAAUCCACUUGUCAAUUUUCCAAGAAGGCACUAAACCCUGAGGCUUUUUUUUUUGUUUUGUUUUUAAUCAAACAGUGACCCAAUAGUUACUUGGUAAAAGUCUGUGACUAAAUUUGAGAAGCUAAUGAUAUUUAAUAAGAACUGGUAAUACAAAUGAUAAUUGUCAGAUGUCAAGUUGACCAGGGUUACCUGGCUAGACUAAUCUGUUACUAGAGUUACUAGGAGUAUUGUGAAAAGAAUGAGAUAUAUAUGGUCUUGGUUUUGGCUGUUAAAUUGAUUGUAUUUGCCUUCUUUCAUCAGCAGCGAGUGUGCCUCCAAUGCAAAGCAUCUCCAGUGGCUUGAAGGAGACCAUCAGUCCUCAUGACAUUGUCCAGGAUGCUAUUCACAACUUCUCGCCAGCUUACCAACAGUACACUCAACAAUCUAUGCAGGAGUCUGAACGAAAAGCACAAGACCAAAAUGGACACAGUAGUGCCAGCUCGACCAACAAUCAUUCCGGCAAGAAACGGAAACAGAAUGAGAAAAUGAUGCUGAUUAUUUCAGAUGAUGAACUCUAG